AUGGUAUUUGCUGGCAAACGCCUUGUGAACCACAGGAUCCGUUCCAUUGAAGUCAUGGAAAAACGAUUUUGCAGAGCGUUGUGUUUCAUGGAGCCCGACUGUGUCAGCAUCAACCUUGAUAAACGAGUUGAUGGAAGUGGAAACUAUAAAUGCGAAUUGAAUAAUGUUACUCACGAAGGACACGAACAUGAGCUGAGGGAGGAAGAAAAUUCGUCUUAUCAUGCAGCUAAGGUUGGUUUAUCGUUACCUAUACGAAAGAAAACAUUUUCGCGAAAAAGGAACCAGGCUCAUGAUCAAGAUCAUAAAUGUUGAACUGAUCGCUUCAAUUUUUUUUUCGUCUUCCCGUCUUUUUGUUUUUUAUAUAAUUCCCCGGUUUUGCAAAUGAGUUUUUAUCGAUUCUCCCUCGCUUUAAAAUUAAAGGGAUAAAUUUCAGAAUCGUUGAUGACCCAAGCGACAUCGUUUACAUUUUAAUGUAUAUGUUAUGGUUGUAAUUAUAAUCUCUCUUACGACCUCAGAGCGCUUGUGUUAAAAACUCUUGCAAGAACAACGCCACUUGUCAAAGCGGUUUUAACGACAAAGGAUAUCGCUGUUUGUGCACUGCUGAAUUCAAAGGUCGACACUGUGACCAAGGUAAAAUCUAAAAUGUGGUUUAUAAAUAAUUACAAACCGGCGCGGCUCAUGGAAGCUGAUUUUAUAGCCUACGCUAACUUAUCAUUUUGUUCAGAAAACUGCCGGCGGGCAUAUUUUUCUCCGAGCUUCAAAUAUUACACAAUAUCCAAACAAACAAUUACGCCAUCAUAUUUUCAAGGAGCAUGUGGGCUUUUGUCUUUGCUAUUCUUCAAAUAUUCCUUACAAAAGCACGGAACAAAACUUUACAAAUAACCUAUCGCCAGAAACGGAUGUCCACUCUACCAUGUGUUUACAGAGUGACUUUGAUAUACGAUCCAAACUGUUUCUUCUUAUGCAACCUGACAUUACACUUCAGACUUGAAUUUCCUUCUAAAGGAGGACUGCAUUGUUUAUCAUUGUAAUGGACGCUGUUCAAUGGUUCAAUGUAUCAGUAGGAUAAACGGCAGUACAGCUAAAGUUUUUGCGCAUCUUUCAAUGAGUUUUGAAAGUAGACAUCCUGAUUUGUUUUCUUUUUCCACUCGUUGUUGUGGUUUAAACAACUUGCUUCACUUUCUAGAACAAACACUUGCAAAAUCCUAUGACAAAAAGUUACUUAUUAUGCCUAUAUUCUUGUUCAGAGCUUGUUCUUAACUCACGAUGCACGUCUCGGAGUGUUUUGAAAAUAAAUUUUGAGUACCGUCUUUCAAGUUGUGUGUGUUAAACUCGUUACAUUUUCUUCAAACGGGGAAUGCAUAAUGCCGAAUUGAAGAGGCUUUAAAGCAGAAAAAUUUGAAACAAAAAUAAACUAGUUCCUUUGAAAGAAUUUGGCUCUUAUCGAAAUCGUUUUACGUUCAAAUUACAUUGAAAAUGGCUGAGGCAGGUCAAACCCGCUGAAUACUUACCAAGGUGGCUAAACCUACAACUAACUAUCUCACAUCCCGCUAUUCAGGUGGUUUAAGAUUCCAACAAUGCUGCAGUCCGUUAGGCAUGAAAUAUAGAUUAUGUCAAGAUCCACUGUUGUUUUCUGUUUUGUUUUUUUUUUUUUUUUUUUUUUUUUUUUCAUAACAGAAAAAUAUUUAGCCUUUUUGAUCCAAUCGUGAGUAGGCAUUGAACUAAAACAGGGGCAAUUCUUUCCAGAUGUCGAUGAGUGUUCUAGCGGAUUUCAUAGCUGCAGUGCUGAUGCCGUGUGCAACAAUACCAAGGGAUCAUACUAUUGUACAUGUAAACCUGGGUAUUCCGGAGAUGGAUGGUCUUGCAAUGGUAAAAUUAAUUUGUCCACGAUUAUUGUCCCUUAGUUUAAAGAAAGAAAUUGAUCAAAAAAAUCAUUUUGUAAUCCGUUGUAUGACCAAUUUUGUUAAAACAGAAGCAAGUAUUUGACUUUCCAUGCGAAAACACCGGUUGCGAAUCUUGCAGAUAUAAACGAGUGUAUUGAGGGAAUAUCCAACUGCAGUAUCGAUGCUGUGUGCAACAAUACCAAAGGAUCCUACAACUGUACAUGUAAACCAGGAUAUUCUGGAAAUGGACAAACGUGCAAAGGUAAAAUUUUUGCUCCCUUCCGAAGCAUCCAAAUAAAAAUUAACAGUAGAUGGUUUAAAAGCGUUGAAAGGUCUUCCACACAAAAAAUAUCCCAUUCAACCGUAGGAGAGUCGCAUUCUGUAAAAAUCAUUUUCAACUUUUGACAGUAAAGACGAGUUUAAGGUGUUUUAUAAACAUCUUUGUUUACACAAUCAUAAAUGAGCCUGUGGUUCCGUUAAAAAAUCGUUUGGCGUAUCCUAUUGUAAAUUCGUAAUUUUCCUUUUGUCGCAUUUACAUUCAACCCAUUUGUUCUGUGCGCAUUACUUUCAACAAUACUCUGAUGAUUAGUGUACUGUGGGAUACGGACGGCUCCUUCAGCAAUCAGCGAAACUUGAAAAUGCCAAUAAAGACAAUGGACACUUAGUACGCAGUUUGGCGCCGUUUUACUAAUAACAGUGAUUGAUAUACUACACAUCAACAUUCAAAUUAGUUGUCAGCUUUUAACUACACGCACAUACUUAGUGCAGAAUGUGUAUAAAGUCAUUUACGCCAUCAGAUUGGUGUUAAUAUUUUUACAGAUUUACCUUAACAAUACGCAAACAAGGUGUGUCAUCAAUUAUUUUUACACUUGAUCUUGAUAUAGGUCCAUCCUUUUACACAUGUAAAGAAAUUUUCAAAAGUCAAAGGUAAUAUGUUGUUGAUAGCUAUUCUAACUAAGGAUCAAGAGAGAAAAAAAUUGUCGCUUUGCUUUCGUGGUCAACAUUCAAUACAAAAGAAAGUAGUCAUCUCGACCGUCUUAUAGACGGGAGACUGCGAAAUUAAAGAAAUUAAUUUGUCCUCUUAUCAGUUCAAAUGAAAACAGAGCUUAUGCACUCCAAGUGGAUAAUGAAGAGGUUGAUGUUUACUGUCAUAUGACUAAUGACCUAAUGGGCUGCGGGGGCGAUGGAUAGACGCUGGUCAUAAAAAUGAACGGCACAAAGGUAUCGUGUCUUCUGUCAUACAAAGGUGAAAAAUAAACUCUCAUUAGUUCAUUGAAAGGGUCUAUCAGACUAAGAUCUGAGGUGGAUCAUAAAAGGAAUUUCAAAGCUUAAGCCCGCGUAAGGUAAGUAAUCACUGCAAACCGAUUCACUUUAUCUCUCUUAGUUUAAAGCUGGUUUCCACAGACGCCUUUUGUUUUUUCCACGCGCGUGAACGUGCACUGAAAAAAUAUUAUGUUCUUUAAAAUGAAAAUUUACCUGCGUUCACGCAUCCGUUGACUAAAAGUCGUCAUCUUUCUACGUGCAUUUUUUUUUCUCGGUUAGGGUCAGGGUUGUUUAGUUAGGUUAGGCAAGUUGCAAUCGCGAGAGUGCAGAGAAAAGUUAAACACGCUUCAACUUUAACGCACGGGCCUGCGUUAAUCGCACGUAAAAAAAUCGUGUGAUAGCGUUUUUUUUUUACGCGGCGGUGUAAAUUACUUUCGUAAGUUUUCUUUGCGCACGUUUUAGGUACGGAGCAACGUAAGCCACACUGGAAAUCUACUUUGAACCUUAAUUGGUUUAGAUUUUCCCAAUAUUUGGCAUAUUAAUUUUCUCUCUCCUUCUUAGCAAACCUUCCGCUUUGAAUCUGACCUCUGGAGCGACAAAAACGCUUUUAACCGAGUUGGAGGCGUAACUGGGUUUGACCAGCAAGAAACCAAGUUACCGACCUACUGGAGCACUCCCUUUUCCAAGAUCUGUCUCGGUAUGAGGAUUGGUAGUCAGAUCAACUUCAUUGUGAUCAAUCAGCGAGCAAACUCAUUGCACUCACUAAUUGCUGACGGGCAGUACCGCAACACGUCAGCAGGUCGAAACAAUUGGAAGUCGCUGAUUGGUUCCCAGGCCUCCCUACAGCAUAAUUGCAACAAAGAAGGGUUCAAUGCUGUAUGUAGUGUUCAGGGCUCCUCAAAGGCGAGAAUCGGUUUUAUUGCCAACAAUGAGAACAAGUGCUCUUCUUGUGAUUCUAGAAUUGGCUUUGGUACUGGAGGGAAUCCUGACAACUCCAACACGUGUGGUAACCAAGCAAAAUACUCACCUGAUAACGGAGAACAACACAUCAAGGGAAUGGGGUACAUCUUGGUGCAGUGACAAGGAAAACAAUGACAGUCACUGUCAAAUAUAUGGCGCAAAUGAACACACAAUGUUAACUGGAAAUAACGUCUUAGCAUGAGGAGAUACAAAGAAAUAAGACGAUCGUUCAAAAUAGUUCGGUUUCUCAAACCAUUUUUUUCCUCUUUUUUACUUAAAAUCCCAUCCAAAUUAACGUCAAAAGCUCCCUGGUUAGUUCGAUAGAAAUGAGGAUCGACGUUGCCACCCUCCACUGCUUAGAAUCGCUAUUUCACUUAUAAAACUCAUAAUCUGUAAGCUAUCUUCUGGCAUCGCAGGUCAAUGGAAAAGAAACGUUUGACAACAUAACCUACUCAUUAUUGUAAUGAUUGUUUUAGUUAAUAUCAUUAUUACUAUUCCACUCCAUUGUUUGUUCAUGUUUUUUCUCUCUUCUCAAAAAUAAUGUCCUAAUUCAAAAGAACCAGCCGAGCUGACCAUAAAUGAAUAAAAUAGAUAAUAAUUGAUCCCCAUAGCAGAACAUUUCGUUGUAGCGUUCUAACUAGGGAGGCUCGAUGAGGGAACACAUCGUCAGAUCAACAGUGCUUCAUUUUCCGUGUUGAUCAUCCGCUGUAUAGACUUCGAUUAAUCAUGGUGCGUCGAAUGUGUCUCAUUCUCCAUCAGUAAAUAACAGGGUUCAAAGAGGAAUUCAAGAACAUUAUUGUUUGAGAACAAAAUUAAAAUAAUUCAAAUGGCGAGUCGUUAAUAUUCAUAUUAAAUAUUACCUUGCAAACAUGAAAACAAUAUUUCGGCCGAUAACAAACACAAAAGACAAAAUGCACAUAAAAUAUGUUGAAUACACUUUUUUAAAAUCUUGAACCAUCUUUUAAUUCACCAUCUUGCACUUGAACUUGUAAAGCUUGAAUUUGGUUUCUGUUGCGUCUUACAGCAAAGUAAAGCCGAAAACAUGAAGUUGUCAUACAAAUAAAACAAACACUUCAAAUGCUGACUAAAAGUUCCGCUGGAAUCAAGCAAAGAAAGGAAACUGCUGGAAGAAAACAACUCAAAACCCAAAGUAAAUUGACUGUUCUGACAACACGUCUCUGAGUCACAAGUUCAUGAUAUCUGAGACGAAGAUAAAUGGCCAAGAGUCUGUCCACAUUCAAAGCUGACUCCAAAAAACGAAACGUGUGCAAGAGCAGUUUGAAAGACCAAAGAAAUGAAGUACACAGAUGUAAAACUUUGUCUUAAAAUGCGUGCUAUGAAUAACGGCUGAGAUACUAAACCAACAGAGAGAUCAGACAUUGCAAGACUCAAGAGCAAUGUUUUCGUAGGCUUUGGUAAAGAUGAAGUCCUUCUCAAGGCAUGGAUUGCCAAGCUAUUCAAUACGAUAGCUGUACAAGGCGAGAAAGCUUUCAAGGCAAUAUUGACGAUUCUCGUAUUCGUUAUCGAUGAUUUUUCGUUGAUUUCUGUCAUUCUGUACCAAGCUGCGAGGGACACCAUGCGUAUUUAAGAGAGAACACGGUAAACUAACCUCUCGGCAGGAAAUUUAAUAGCUUAAUUCGACGUUACUCAAAAUUUUGGACCCUUUACUAGAAGAUUGCGUCAAUUUCUGAAAUAAAUGAGAGAAGAAAAAAACAGAGUAGGAAGCACUAAAGUAAAUAGCAGUUACUUUACUCAAUAAAAAUGUUAUUUUUACUUAUUUGCAGAGCGGUGAAAGGUAAAUCAAACUCUGGUCAUAAACAGGCUCUUGUUAGAAUGAAAAGAAGAUGAUCCUUAUAAACAACGACGGAAAUUUAAUUGAAGAUUGUUUGGGCUACUUUUUCUGAUGAAGUGUGUCUGAUGAAAAAGCACUCAAACAUUGAAAUUUGCUUUCGCAGUUGUCAUAAAUACCAAAAUGGAGCCUUCAUUAUAGACAUUUCUGAAUUUGUGAGGACUACUUUACUUGUGAGAAAAUUUUCUUUCCAAAAACGCUCUUGUCAUUUGCUGUUGAAAACAAACAGCAGAAUCGAUAACACUUUAACCAGCAGUUAAUAACUCAAGGUUACCUGCGUAGCUGAUUAUCACACUCAAAACAAAACAAAAAGGAAAUGUUGCGUUUAAAUGAUUAUUCUCACGGGGGCAUUUAAGCACAAUGUUUUUGAGGUGUUGAGCCGACCAGAAGGAGAAUUUGACUGGUUCUAGCCGUGCGUGCCUUGACAUCUAACGAUUAAGUAGGAAGCCUUUCAAUCAGCGUUUAAAGUACACACGGCUACGAAUUUAGGAGCUUUCAAAAAAAGGCCAUGCAGGGAAAGCACACGGUUAACAUCUGACAGUCUUUGUUCGACUUGAAACGUCUGUCCUCAAGCAAACAACUUCUCAAGGGUUCCAUAUCCGGUGAAUCGUUUGUAAAACAUACUAGUGAUGAUCCAAAUUAAAAGAAAACAUUUUCCAGAUGGACUGUAGACAUAUACUUCCCUAAGUCUAACAAUUUUAAGUUUCGAUGGGAGUAAGUAAACACGGAGAUUCGUGCGUGUUUCAGAAAAAUAUCCUAACGGAACCCAUAAAGACGGGCACUUAUGUUCGCAUAACCUGAUCUUAAAAUUGGAAAGGGUUGAAAAACACUUUUCCAUUGAUAAUUCAUAAAAUCCAAGAGAUUCCUUACAGUUUAUAGUACAGAUAAUUCGAAUGCUUCCGACCCCAUCAUCUUGAGCCAGAACAGAGAGAAAAGACUGUGAAAUUAAGACUGUAAGAGUAUUCAGUUUAUUCAUAUUUUUCAGAGUUCAUUUGUCUGCAUUUCGGCGCCACGACACGUUCAUCGUGUGUUUUUCUUUUCUCCACGUAGUUCAUGAAUUCCUUUACAUUCAUGCUCACUGUUUUUCUAUAGGACCCUCUGCGAAUUGGCAAGGCUACGAAGUGACGAUGAAAAAAAAUAAACAUAAGCUGUCAGUCUGCAUUAGAAAUUAAAUAGAGGUUUCCUUUGCGUGUUCAGCCCUUAAAUGCUUUGAUAUCGAUUUGAUAUAACGAUCAAAACUGAUAUUGCAACUGCAAUAAAUUUUUUCAGGGGUAACGGGUUGUCAGUUCGCUCAACCUUGCACUGGCUUACUAGUACACUAUUUAAUUUAUUCAGCCUGGGAAUGGCCAAGCCACGCAAGCUACGUACUCAUAACAGACAAAAGAUUCACACAGUCCUCUUAUUCUCAUAAUGCUACGACAACUCGUCAAAAUGAGCGGGUUGUUCCAAGUUUGUAUCACCGCUGUGUUCCUUUUGCUGACCAUAAAUGGAGGCAAAUCCUCUUCCCCAGUUUUCGCCAAGCCCUACGACCAAAUGAUGGCGUGUAAUCUUAUCUGUGACGUGAUUUAAGACUCGGACGCCAACGAUGCCAUGAAAAUGUUACAAACCAAACUCGAAGGUCUUAUUGCAGCGAUGAAGAAUCAUUCUCCUCCAAGAUAUGGCUCGGUAUGAAGAUCAACCAACAGUUCAAGUUCAUUGUCAUCAAGAAGCAGGUAAGCUCUCUCUCUCUCUGAUCGCUUAUGGAAAAUACCGCGCAACCUCAUUGGGUCGCAACGCGUGGAGGAAGUUAAUCGGUUCACAAUCCUCCUUACAGGCCAUUUGUAAUAAGGAAGGCUUCAAUGCUGCGGGCAGAACCACUAGUACUAGGAAGUGCCAAAGGCUAUUCUAGAGCAAGAAUCGGUAUUCUUGGAAAUAAUGAAAAAGACUGCGCAACCACUGAUUUCAGAGUCGGUUUUGGAACAGGAGGAUAUGUUGACGGCUCUAAUACAUGUGGUAAUGAUGCUAUAGAAGGUGACUCAUCGGACAAUGGAGAGAAGCAUAUCAAAGCUAUUCGAUAUAUCUUGGUGCAGCGACAUGGGAAUCGUUGAACUCUCCUUGACAUGGCUUUCGAACAAUGCCCAAAAUAAACUCAAAUAUGUGGAUGUAGCUCAAGGGAUAAAUGCCAAUGAAAAACAAGUCGUUCAAAACUGAUCACAUUUAUCUUGUUUGGACUUUCGUUAGUUUACCGUUGUUAUCCAGUUUCUGAUCAAAAUUAUUUCCUGACAAUUUUCGACGGUCAUGAUUUAUACAGCUACGUUACUGGAAGAUGGGAUAUGGCAUGAAUAAAAAAAUUGGCGCGAAAAAAUAUUCAUUUUAAAUGACCUAUGCACAUUCGUCAUAUGAUCUAGUGAACAAUCCAUGACAAAGCCUAUUUUCAGCUUAAACUACGAUUUGAGGUGAUGUUUGGCGAGUAUGUGUCAGAAUGCAUCGAGUCUUCUAUUAUUAAUCUGUUGAAAAAUUGUCACGAGAGCAUCUCUAACAGAGCACAGUAAUAAACGUUUAUGAUCGAGAAGUGAUUAUUCCUUCACUAAAAUUGCACAUAAUAAUAAUACUGCGAUCAUUAGCGAUAAAAUCUCAAUAAGGAAGACGGUGCUAAUCUAAUGUCUAAAUUCUAGUUCUCCUUCAUGACUUGAUUUUUCAUUCAGAGAGUUGCUCUUUUUAAGUUGCUCUUUUUAAGUUGCUAUACAAAGACAGCAUUUCUUGUUCCCAUUGCCAGUCGGUCACUUUCGCGGUUGUUGUUCGAUUCGGUAUUAUCAUAAAAAAGUGUCCGCCUCGCUAACAACCUUCAAACCUCUACUCAUCCAAAUAAAUGAACCGGUAUCUUGUUCUCUUUAUAGAUCUGAAUAAAUGUAUGUUAUUAUGCUGAGAGGUCCAUAUUGGGAAAAACUGUGCCCGAGGUCUUAAGAACCGCCCGAGGCCGUAGUAAACAUUUGCUGAGACGCAUACACAUAAACGACGUUACAAGCUAGCUACUCAUAACAGACAAAAGAUUCACAGAGUCCUCUUAUUCUCAUCAAGCUACGACAAAUCGUUCAAAUGAGCGGGCUCCUCCAAGUUUGUAUCACCCCUGUGUUCCUUUUGUUGACCGCAAAUGGAGAAAAAUCCUCUUUCCCAGCCUGCGCUAAGCCAUACGACCAAAUGAUGGCGUGCAAUCUUAUCUGUAACAAGAUUCAAGACUCGGACGCCAACGAUGCCAUGAAAAUGUUACAAACCAAACUCGAAGGUCGUAUUGCAGCAAUGAAGAAUCGUUCUCCUUUACUUCCAGGUAGUCCAACCAGACUGAAGUGUUUUACGUGUCUCGCGUAGCAACUCACCAUUGAUUUGAGGGUUUAAACAACGCGCGCGAUGGUUUCAAAAGCCACACAAACGGUGCUCGUUUUUGUUUUAAAACCCUUCUUUCUAUUCUUCGUAAGUCGGAUUGGGCGUUUUAGAAUGAUAAAAGCUAUUUUUGAAAUAUUAACCUGCACUGUUCUUUUCAUUUCACCAGCCUCUUCUUGCAAGGAACACUACGAAAAAUACAAGUAAAUGAAUAGUGAUACAAUCAUCACAAAAUUAAUGCAAAUGUAUCCUGUACUGUUACAUUUAAGAUAAGUAGACCUUUUUUAGACGCUUCCUCUUGGUUUUUACGAGGGCGGUAGUGACUUUUGUGGACACAAGUAUUUCUGUUGUCCACAGGUUGGCAAGAGUCAAGUUUACUCCCUAAUGUUUGGUUCACAAAACGUUCCUGUUUACUGUCACUUGGGAAACUUUGGAGAUGCGGAGAUGGAGGAUGGACUUUGGCCAUGAGGAUUGACGGCAAGAAGGUUUGCAGCUUUAUUAUCAUGGAAUACCUCUCUUGCGAACUAAGCACUACCAUAACUCUUUCCUUUUCUCAACAUUUCAGAAAACCUACCAUUAUGAUUUCAAGCUUGGGAGCGACAAAUAUGUCUACAACCUUCCCGGAGAAAAAACUGACUUUGACUCAAAAGAGACCAAAUUACCAACCUACUGGAACACACCCUUCUCUCAGAUCUGCCUCGGUAUAAAAAUCAACCAACAGCUCAGGUUUACUGUCAUCAACAAGCAGGCAAGCUCUCUCCACAAGCUCUCUCCACUCAAUGAUCGCUGAUGGAAAAUACCGCAAUACUGCACUGAGUCGCAACACGUGGAAGAAGUUGAUCGGCUUACAGUCCUCCUCACAGACCAACUGUAACAAAGAAAGCCUCAAUACUGCGGGCAGUUCCAAAGGCUAUUCUAAAGCAAGAAUUGGUAUUCUCGGAAAUAAUCAAAAGGACUGCACAACCACUGAUUCUUUAAUCGGCUUUGGAAUGGGAGGAUAUCAGGAUGACGCCAUCUCUUGUGGAAAUUAUGCAAUAAAAGGAUACACAUCGGACAGUGGAGAGAAGCACAUCAAAGUUAUGGGAUAUAUUUCGGUGCAGUGACAAGGGAAUCGUUGAAAUAUCCGUGACAUGGCCUUCGAGCAAUGCCCAAAGUAAACUCAAAUUUGUAAAUGUAGCUCAAGGGGUUAAAGCUAAUGAAAAAAAGUCUGAUACCGUUUAACUAGUUUGGACUUUCGUUCGUUUACCGUUGACAUCCAGUUCAUGAUCAAAAUUAUUUCCUGACAAUUUUCAAUGGUUGUGAUAAUAUAAUAAUUGCUGGAAGUUGGGAUUUCACAUGAAUAAAAAAUUGGCGCAAAAAAAUAUUCCUUGUCAAUGACGUAUACAUAUUUGUGAUAUGAUCCACUGAAUAAUUCACAACAAAACUUAGUUUCAAACUAAGAUUUGAGAUGAUGUUUGACCAGUAUGUGUCAGCAUACAUCGGAUCCUUCCAUCGUUAAUCUGUUAUAAAAUGGUCACGAAUAAUUCCCCAAUAGAGAACAGUAAGAAAAGUUUAUGAUCGAAAAUUGAUUAUCCCUUCACUAAAAUUGCGCACAAUAAUACUCCUAUUGAUAUUUCAUUAGCGAUAAAAUCUCAACACGGAAGAGGUUGCUACUCUUAGGUCUAAAUUCUAAUUCUCCUUCAUGACAACAGUUUUAUUCUGAGUGUCACUCAGUUGGUACACAAAGACAGCAUUUUUUGUACUCAUCUCUAGUUGGUCACUUUCGCGGUUGUUGAACGAUUCGCUGCUACUAGUAGCAGGAGAAUAAAUUACCUAAUGGAACACACCCUUCCCCAAGAUAUGCCUCGGCAUGAAGAUCAGCCCAGAGCAAGAGUUGGUAUUCUCGGAAAUAAUGAAAAAGACUGCACAAGCACUGAUUCUAGAAUCUACUUUGGAGCGGGAGGAUACCAUGACGACAACAGAACAUGCGAAGGUGUUGUUAAGUUCCAAAUAGAGAUGGAAACAAUUUUGGCGGUGGUUUUGAUCUUAGACUACGCAAAAUUUGGUUAUUAAACGUAGCGGUCCAGCAGAUUACAACUCAGAAAUGAACAAAGCUGCUUGAUUGUUCUUAUCAUCGUUAUGAUAUCUCUUGCUUCACUACGUUCUUGUCCCGACUCUUGUACUGUCCCUAAUAAUCAUUUUAGAGCAUUGACGGAUUAAUUAACCCUUUACCUCUCAAGAGAGAAUUUCUCCUUACAAUAUCAAGCAUAGCAGUGAUGGGAAUAAAGAAAAAUAUCAAUUCGGUGUUAUUAGUUAAACACGGCUGUGACGUUUAAGAUUAGUGCGUGUCUCAGAAAACAGAAGUAGUAAGCACGGGCAUUUGUGUUUACAUAACCUAAUAAAGACUAGAAAAGGUUUAAAAAACACUUUUCGAUAGAAAAUCCAUAAAAUCCAUGACAGUCCUUUCAGUUUAUAAUACACAUGUUACGAAUUCUCCCUACCCAAUCAUCUUGAGCCAGAAAGGUUAAAAGACUAUAAAUUUAAGACUAUAAAAGUAUUCAAUUUAUUCAUAUUUGUCAGAGUUCAUUUGUUUGUAUUUUGGCGCUGUAACACCUUCAUCUUGUGUCUUUUUGUCUCCACGUAGUUAAUAAGUUUCUUUUAUUCAUGCUCACCACUUUUUUAUUAGACUUUCAGCCAAUUCCCGCCUGUGAUUUUUUUCGGUUACCGUAAAGAAGUCUGAUUACAAGUAUCUCGCUGCUUGCGUCUUACCGAAAGUGUUUUCAUGAUGAAACUGCAAACUUAGAACAAGAAAAACAUGGAGAACUUGGCUGAUAACCCAAUCAGCAAGUACAUGAAAGUUUUUUAUUCAAUACAUAUUGUAGUGACUACUCUAUAAUGUUCUGAAACAUUUUAAAACGCUACUAACAGCUGAUAGCAUUAAUGUCACAGUUCUAUGUAGACAUAUAAGUUUACAAACCAAUUCACGUCGGCGAGGAACAGAUCUCCUAUUUACUAGCCAAGCUUUGUUUGAAUUAAGAAAAAUGUGCCCUGUGUUUGAAAUUUGGCCUGAUGUCGCAUGCCCAAGACCAUGAGGCUACUUUACCCUUAUGCAGAGCCCAAGAACCCACAUAUGAUAUACAUGGAUACGGUUCUUGGCCGUCUACUGUACAUUUCGUAUAGAAAUUUACUUGUAAUCGACUUAGCGGGCAGUAAAUUUGCAAAUCAAUGGAUUAAGUUUAUUUAAAUUGUAAAUAGUAACAACCUAUUUUAUGAAUACCGUGCAAGAAAUAGUCUUGACGAUUCAAGGAUAAUGUUCCAGAGUCCAAUGCCAAAGAUAUUUUUCGAUGACUUUGCUCCUUAAAUAGUCGUUUCGCAUGCUAAUAGGCAUCCCUCAGAACUAAGGUUAGAAAUAACGAAACAAAAUCGGCGAAGCUGAUGAAAAUACAAUAAACAUUAGCUUUCAAUCCGCAUCAGGAAUUAAAAAAGGCUUCCUUUGCGUGCUCAGCCCUUAAAAGCUCUGAUAUCGAUUUGAUACGAAAACUGAUGUCAAAAACUGAACCGAGCAUACGAAAUUGCAACUGGAAUUAACCUUUUUUAGGAGAAACGGGUUGUCUGUUUUCUUUGCUCUGGCUUACUAGUACACUAUUUAAUUUACCCAGCCGAGGAAGAAGCAAGCCAUGUAAAUAAAUUUUGGUACUUGAUGAAAUAAGAUGGAAAAAAAACUAAAUCGAACGAAAGAAAUAACUUCAUCAAAGUUAUGAAAACUAAAUAUUGACUAUUGGGUUAAAACUCGGAACAGGGUCAUUGGAUUGCCGCCAACAUCAAGAAUAUUUUCGAGUCAGGUAAACAUUUGCUGAUACACAUACAUAAGGUUACGAGCUAGCUACUCAUAACAGACAAAAGAUUCACAGAGUCCUCUUAUUCUCAUAAAGCUACGACAACUCGUCAAAAUGAGUGGGCUGUUCCAAGUUUGUAUCACCGCUGUCUUCCUUUUGCUGACCGUAAAUGGAGACAAAUCCUCCUCUCCAGCUUGCGCCAAACCAUACGACCAAAUGAUGGCCUGUAACCUUAUCUGUAACAUGAUUCAAGACUCGGACGCCAAUGAUGCCAUGAAAAUGUUACAAACCAGACUCGAAAGUCUAACUGCAGCAAUGAAGAAUCGUUCUCCUCCACUUCCAGGUAGUCCAACCAGACUGGAGGAAUUUCAGUGUCUCGCGUAGCAACUCGCGCUAUUGAUUUGAGGGUUGAAACAACAUGUGCGAUUUUUUCAAAAGCCACACAAACGGCUCUCGUUUUUGUUUUCAAACCCUGCUUUCCACCAUUAUUAAGCGUUUAAGAAUGAUGAAACCUAAUUUUUAAAAUAAUAACCUGCACUGUUCUUUUCAUUUCACCAGCGUCGUCAUGCAAGGAACACUACGAAAAAUACAAGUAAAUGAAUAGUGAUACAAUCAUAACAAAAUUAAUGCAAAUAUAUCCCGUGCUGUUAUGUUUAAGAUAAGUUGAUCUUUUUUAGGCGCUUCCUUUUGGUUUUUUACAAUGGCGAUAAUGAAUUUUGUGAACACUGGUAUUUUUGUUGUCCACAGGUCGACAAAGAGUCAAGUUUACCCCCUAAUAUUUGGUUCACAAAACGUUCCUGUUUACUGUCACAUGGGAAGCUUUGGAUGCGGAGAUGGAGGAUGGACUUUGGCCAUGAAGAUUGACGGCAAGAAGGUAUACUACUUUACUAUCAAGGAAUACCACUGUUGUAAACUAUACACCACUAUAACUUUCCUUUUCUCAACAUUUCAGAAAACCUUCCAUUAUGAUUCCAAGUUUUGGAUCGACAAAAAUAUCUACAACCUUCCCGGAGGAAAGACUGGCUUUGACUCAGAGGAGACCAAAUUACCAACCUACUGGAACACACCCUUCUCCUAUGCCUUCUCCCGAGAUAUGCCUCGGUAUGAAAAUCAACCAACAGCUCAGGUUUAUUGUCAUCAACAAGCAGGCAAGCUCUCUCCACUCACUGAUCGCUGAUGGAAAAUAUCGCAACACUGCACUGGGUCGCAACACGUGGAAGAAGUUGAUCGGCUCACAAUCCUCCUUACAGGCCAACUGUAACAAGGAAGGCUUCAAUGCUGCGGGCAGUUCCAAAGGCUAUUCUAAAGCAAGAAUCGGUACUCUCGGAAAUGAUCAAAAAAACAGCGGGACCACUGAUUCCAGAAUCGGCUUUGGAACAGGAGGAUAUCAGGAUGACACCAUCACUUGUGGAAAUUAUGCAAUAAAAGGAUACACAUCAGACAAUGGAGAGAAGCACAUCAAAGCUAUGGGAUAUAUCUUGGUGCAGUGACAAGGGAAUCGUUGAACCCUCCGUGACAUGUCUUUCGAGCAAUUCCCAGAGUGAACUCAAAUAUGUAGAUGUAGAUAUAGGGGUUAAAGCUAUUAAAAAAAAAAGUCGUUCAAAACUGAUCCCGUUUUACUGGUUUGGACUUUCGGUAGUUUACCGUUGUAAUCCAGCUUCUGAUCAAAUUCUUUUCAAACAAUUUUUGACGGUCAUGACUAUAUAGCUGUGUUACUGGAGGUUGGGAUUUGACAUGAAUUUUAAAAAAUUGGCGCAAAAAGAAUAUUCCUUGUCAAUGACGUAAACACCUUUGUGAUAUGAUCCAGUAAAUAAUUCACAACAAAGCCUAAUGUCAUCCUAAACUACGAUUUGAGAUGAUGUUGACGGAAGAGGAAGAACUGACCCUUUAAAGCCCCUUUUGCAAUUUAUCAAAAGAGUAUAAGAUGUUUCUCCAAAACUCCCCAACGUUUCCUUUUAUUAAGAAUCCCCUUGAUUGAAGCACAUGCAUUGUGAUCUUUGAUUACCAAGAAAUUGUAUCCGGACCAAUUUUGCAACCAUGAGGAGCGGUUCAAAAAAAUCCUGCAGUGUUUGUGGGUUCCAAGAGCGUGUGGAACGCCUUCAUAAUUUUUAUGGCCUGCUAACACAAAGUGUCCGUUUUGUUGAUUUUUAUUUGUCUUUUUGCCAGUUAAUUAACAGAAAUAUCCUAAAACACUCUGCCUUUCAAUCUUGAUGCAAUAACCGAAAUCUUACGCGGGCUAUCAUAACAGUGAAAGUGUUCAGACGAGAGUAAACGGCUAUGACGUUUUAGAUUCGCGGGUGUCUUGAGAAAUAUCCCAACAGAAGCAGUAAAGAUGAGUCAUGAGUUUUUCUGCGCUGACACUUACAGCGUUAACAGAAUUUCCAAUAGUAACUCCGUUAAAUCCAUGGCUGCCCCUAUUUUUUCUGCAGCCAUGUUUCGCGUUCUCCCGAUGCACUUGCGCGUCUUGAGAAAUGGGAAGGAAAUUGUAAGUAAAUCAAAGGGCAUUUUAUAUUUGGAAUUGUUCAUUUGUUUGUAUUCCGGCGCUAUCAAAACAUAUCUUGUUUCUCUUACCGCAUGGUUAAUGAGUUUCUUUCAGCCUUGCUUACUCCUCUUCUGUUUUUCUUUCUGCGAAACACCUUUGUGAAUUUAUUCGGUUAUCGUAGAAAAGUCUGGUUUCAGGUCACUUGCUGCGUCCAACUGAAAGUGCAAAAAUCUCCAGAACUUAGCGCAUGAAAAGGAAUGAGAAAGUUUCUUGAUCAGUAAAUCAAAUUUGUUUCUAAAUACAUGUCUUAGUAACUAGUCUUUCAACUUACUCGUAUUGUGUAUAUUUUAAAUGCUCUAAAAUGUGUCAUAGGCGCCACUGACAACCGAGAUAGAAUGACACAUUCCUAUUUACAUCAGUAAGUUUACAAACUGGUUCACGGCUGCGACAAACAGAUGAGUUACUGGCCGAUAAACUUUGUUUGGAAAAAAACAUUCCACGCCUGAUGUUGCAUAUUAAAGACCAUGAGGGCACUUGCUGUAUUCGGGUUUUCCCCAACCUGAGUUCACCGAGAGAUAAUAUGCAUGCGCAUCAUAGCCGUUCGCUGUAGAUUUUGUAAGGGAAUUUGAAGUUUCAUCGGCUAAGCGAGCAGUCAAUUUGCAAAUCAAUGAUUUAAGUUACUUUAGUAGUAAAUAGUAACGAACUAUUUUACGAAAACUGCAAAAUAAAUCAUGCAUGUAUAUAUUUUUUAGAAAUAAUACAUAGACCAGAUAAAAGUUUCGACGAACUGGCUCUCUGCUUGAUCAUCUCGUAUACGAGUAACCAAUCCUAAGACCUAAGCUUAAACUAAAAGGACAAAAUCGCCUGAGCUAAAAGUAGACGGCAGAAAUGCAAUUAUUAUAUUUUUUCGCUGUUGCAUUUUCAGUGUGCACAAAGAGCAGAUAACAGGCUUCCUUAGCUUAUUCAGUCGUUGAAAACUUUAAAAUCGACGGGGAUUAAGAAAAAUUUGAUUUACGAUCAAAACUGAGCGAGGCGAGCGAAAUUGCUUUUGGCACAUUUUUUUCCGCAGGAGUAAGACGUUGUGUGUUUGCUCAACCCUACGACUGUAUUACUAGUAAAGUAUUCUCUAAUUUACUCAGCCACGUAUAAGCAACCGAUAAAAUAUAUUCUUGCUAUAUGAAACUUGAAGAAAAAUUGAGCGAAAGAAAUAACCUCUUCAAAAUUAUAGAAGCCAAGAUCUCGCCAGCGGCUUAAAUUUAGAACAAAGGUUAUUGGAUUGCCACCGACAGUAGGAAUAUUUUGGAGUCCGGUAAAUAUUUACUGAGACACAAUACACAGGGACACGGUUACACGCUUGCUACUCAUAAGAGGGCUGGACAGAACAUUCACAAAGUCUUCCUAUUUGCAUAAAACUAUGACAACUGUAUUCCGUCAAGUUUGUAUCACUGCUACAUUCAUUUUGCUGACCGUGAAUAGCGACAAAUCCCCUUCCCCUAGCUUUCACCAAACUAUACAACCAAAUGAUGGCCUGUAAUCCUAUUUGUAACAUGAUUCAAGACUCGGACUGACAGGAUAAUAAAUUACCUAAUGGAACACACCCUUCCCCAAGAUAUGCCUCGGCAUGAAGAUCAGCCCAGAGCAAGAGUUGGUAUUCUCGGAAAUAAUGCAAAAGACUGCACAAGCACUGAUUCUAGAAUCGGCUUUGGAGCGAGAGGAAACCAUGAUGACAAUAGAACAUGCGAAGGUGUUGUUUAGUUCAAAGUAGAGAUGGAAAUCAUUUUUGUCGGUGGUUUCGAUCUUAGACUAGGCAAAAUUUGAUUAUUAAACGUAGUGGUCUGGCAGAUUACAACUCAGAAAUGUUCAAAGCUAUAAAACCGACACACAGAGCUGUUGAUUGUCCUAAUCAUCAUAUCUUUUGCUUCACCACCUUCUUGUCCCGACUCUCGUACUGUCCCCAAUAUUCAUUUUAGAGCAUUGACGGAUUAAUUAACCCUUUACCUGCCAAGAGAGGAUUUCUCCUUACAAUAUCAAUACAAUAUCAAGCAUAGAAGUGAGGAGAAUAAAGAAAAAUAUCAAUUCGGGAUUAUUAGUUAAACACCGUUGUGACUUUUAAGAUUCGUGCGUGUCUCAGAAAAAUAUCUUAACAGAAGCAGGAAAUACGGGCAUUUGUAAAACUGUUCUAAUGAGUAAAAUCUAAAAUCCAAGCUUUCGCCGAUCAACGGCAUCAUCAGGGAUGUAAUCAUUAGAACAGUUUUGUUUUAAUUAUGCUGCUGAAGGACAACAUGAACAGAUUACGGGCAUUUGUGUUUACAUAACCUAAUCUAAAAACUAGAAAAGGUUUAAAAAAAAAACACUUUUCGAUAGAAAAUCCAUAAAGUCCAUGACAGUCCUUUCAGUUUAUAAUACAAAUGUUACGAAUUCUCCCUACCCAAUCAUUUUGAGCCAGAACGGAAAAAAGACUAUAAAUUUAAGACUAUAAAAGUAUUCAAUUUAUUCAUAUUUGCCAGAGUUCAUUUGUUUGUAUUUUGGCGCUGGAAAACCUUCAUCUUGUGUUUUUUGUCUCCACGUAGUUAAUAAGUUUCUUUUAUUCUUGCUCACCACUUUUCUAUUAGAAUUUCUGCCAAUUCCCGCCUGUGAUUUUUUUUCGGUUACCGUAAAGAAGUCUGAUCACAAGAAUCUCGCUGCUUGCGUCUUACUGAAAGUGUUUUCAUGAUGAAACUGCAAACUUAGAACAAGAAAAACAUGGAGAACUUGGCUGAUAACCCAAUCAGCAAGUACAUGAAAGUUUUUAUUCAAUACAUAUUGUAGUGACUACUCUAUAAUGUUCUGAAAUACUUUAAGACGCUACUAACAGCUGAUUGCAUUAGUGUCACAGUUGUAUGUACACAAAUAAGUUUACAGACCAAUUCACGUCGGCGACGAACAGAUGUGUUAUUUACUGUCCAAGUUUUGUUUGAAUUAAGAAAAAUGUGCCCUAUGUUUGAAAUAUCGCCUGAUGUCGCAUACCCAAGACCAUGAUGCCACUUUACCCUUAUGCAGAGCCCAAGAACCCACAUAUGAUAUACAUGGAUAUGCUUCUUAGCCGCGUAUUGUACAUUUCUUAUAGAAAUUUACUUCUCAUCGACUUAGCGGGCGCUAAGUCGAUGAAUACAUUUACAAAUCAAUGGUUAAGUUUACUUAAAUUGUAAAUAGUAACAACCUAUUUUAUGAAUACCGUGCAAGAAAUAGUCUUGACGAUUCAAGGAUUAUAUUCCAGAGUCCAAUGCCAAAGAUAUUUUUCGAUGACUUUGCUCCUUAAAUAGUCGUUUCGCAUGCUAAUAGGCAUCCCUCAGAACUAAGGUUAGAAAUAACGAAACACAAUCGGCGAGGCUGAGAAGUGCCGAUGAAAAUAAAAUAAACAUUAGCUUUCAAUCCGCAUCAGGAAUUAAAAAAGGCUUCCUUUGCGUGCUCAACCCUUAAAAGCUCUGAUGUCGAUUUGAUAUGAAGAUCGAAACUGAACCGAGCAUACGAAAUUGCAACUGGAAUAAACUUUUUCAGAAGGAACGGGUUGUCUGUUUUCUUUGCACUGGCUCACUAGUACACUAUUUAAUUUACCCAGUCGGGCAAUAAGCAUGCCAUGUUAAUAAACUUUGGUACAUUAUGAAAUAAGAUGGAAAAAAAACUAAAUCGAACCAAAAAAAACUUCGCCAAAGUUAUGAAAGCUAAACAUUGAUCAUGGGCUUAAAACUCGGAACAGGGUUAUUGGAUAGCCGCCAACAGCAAGAAUAUUUUCGAGUCAGGUAAACAUUUGCUGAGACACGUACACGGCACAAAAACCCUUGUUCAUCGUUAGUUUUCCGAAAUGGUGAAAGACUGAAAAAUUCGACAUCAUACUAAUGUUUUCUGAUAUCUGAAAACGGAUGGCAAAUUUACCGUUCACCCUCGGUAAAACUCAAGAAAAACACGAAGUUCAUCACAUGUUACCCUGCACCAGGAAAAUGCCAAUGAACAGCCUGUUUUCUUGAAAGUUUUUCUGUAGUUUUCCUGUGUGCGCGAACGCUUCAUUUUCCACGUGUUUUCCCACAGAAUUACUAACGGUGAAUGCCAUGAAAACAUGAUGUUUUUCUAUUGUUUUCCUGCUCCACGAAAACGCUAGUGUACAGCUUGUUUUCCUGAACGUUUUUCCAUAGUUUUCCCGGGCGCGCGAACGCUGCAUUUUCCAAGCGUUUUCCCACAGAGUUAUCAACGGUGAAUGCAAUGAAAACAUGAUGUUUGUUGAUUGUUUUCCUGCUCCACGAAAACGCUAGUGUACAGCUAGUUUUCCUGAACGUUUUUCUAUAGUUUUCCUAAGCGCGCGAACGUUGCAUUUUCCAAGCAUUUUCCCCACAGAAUUACUAACGGUGAAUGCCAUGAAAACGUGUUGCUCGUCCAUUGUUUUCCUGCUCUAUGGAAACAGUAGUAAACAGCUUGCAUUGUUUUUUUUAGUUUUCGUGAGCGUACGAGCGCUGAAUUCUCAAGUGUUUUCACACACAAUUAUUAAUGGUGAACGUAAAGAAAACAUGAUGUUCGUCCAUUAUAUUCUUGCUCCAUGGAAACGCAAAUGAACAGUUUGUUUUCUGGAACGCCUUGAAAACAACAUGUUCAUCGAUCGUGAUCAUUAUUUCCUGCUCUUGAUCCUGCCCCAUGAAAACGCCAGUGAAUAGCUUGUUUAAUAUUCAGAGUAUUGACAACGAUUGGGUCAUUUGAGCCGUUUGGGUCAUUUGAGGCAGUUGAGCUUAUUGGGUCAUUUAUGUGUAUUGGGUCAUUUGAGACAGUUGGGUCACUGGAACUGAUCAUGAUUAGCUCAUUUGAGGCACUUGGGCCACUGGGGCCAAUUGGGUCAUUUGAGGCAAUACAGUUAUCUCAGCUGGUUGGGUCAUUUUGGCAGUUGGCUCAUUGGAACUGAUCGAGUUAUUUGAGGCAGUUGGGUCACUGGAGCUGAUUAGCUCAUUUGAGGCAGUUGGGCGACUGGAGCUAAUUAGGUCAUUUGAGACAAUUCAGUUAUCUGAUCUGGUUGGGUCAUUUGAGGCAGUUGGCUCAUUGGAACUGAUAAGGUCAUUUUAGGCACUUCAGUUAUUUGAGCUGAUUGGGUCAUUUGAGGAAGUUGGCUCAUUGGAACUGAGAAGCUCAUUUGAGGCAGUUGGGCCUCUGGAACCAAUUAGGUCAUUUGAGGCAAUUCAGUUAUUUGAGCUGGUUGGGUUAUUUUGGCAACAGCAACAACAACAACUUUAUUUUUUCACCCCAAAAUAUACAAUAUGCAGUUAGCUAAUUGGGACUGAUUGGGUCAUUUGAGGCAGUUCAGUCAUUUGAGCUGAUUGGGUCAUUUGAGGAAGUUGGCUAAUUGGAACUGAUUAGCUCAUUUGAAGCAAUUGGGCCACUGGAGCUAAUUGGGUCAUUUGAGGCAAUUUAGCUAUCUGAGCUGUUUGGGUCAUUUGAGGCAGUUGGCUCAUUGGAACUGACAAGGUCAUUUGAAGCAAUUCAGUAAUUUGAGCUGAUUGGGUCAUUUUGGCAGUUGGCUCAUUGGAACUGAUUGGGUCAUUUGAUGCAAUUCAGUCAUUUGAGCCGAUUGGGUCAUUUGAGGCUGUUGGGUCUCUGGAACUGACUAGCUCAUUUGAGGCAGUUGGGCCACUGGAGCCAAUUGGGUCAUUUGAGGCAAUUCAGUUAUCUGAGGUGGUCGGGUCAUCUGAGUUAGUUGGGUCACUGGAACCCACUAGGUCAUUUGAGGCAAUUCGGUUAUUUGAGCUGAUUGGGUCAUUUGAGGAAGUUGGCUGAUUGGAACUGAUAAGCUGACUUGAAGCAGUUCGGUCAUUUGAGCUGAUUGGGUUAUUUGAGGCAGUUGGGUCACUGGAACUGAUUAGCUCAUUUAAGGCAGUUGGGCCACUGGAACCAAUUGGGUCAUUUGAGGCAAUUUAGUCACCUGAGGUGGUUAGGUCAUUUGGGGUAAUUGGGUCACUGGAACCAAUUGGGUCAUUUGAGGCAAUUCAGUCAUCUGACCUAGUUGGGUCAUUUGAGGCACUUAGGUCACUGAAACUGAUUGGGUCGUUUGAGGCAAUUCAGUCAUUUGAGCUGAUUGGGUCAUUUGAGGCUGUUGGGUAACUGGAACAGAUUGGACCAUUAGAGGCAAUUUAGUUCUCUGAGCUGGUUUGGUCAUUUGAAGCAGCGAGGUCACUGCAACCAAUUUGGUCACUUGAGGCAACUCAGUCAUUUGAGCUGGUUGGGUCAAUGUAACUGAUUGGGUCAUUUGAGGCAAUUCAGUCAUUUGAGCUGGUUGGGUUAUUGGAACUGAUUGGGUCAUUUGAAGCAAUUCAGUCAUUUUAGCUGAUUGGGUCAUUUGAGGCAGUUGUGUCUGAUUAGAUUAAAUAAUUAGAUAAUUUGUGUCUGUUAGAUCAUUCAUGUCUAGUGGGCCACAAGUGUUGGUUGUUUGUUUCUGUUGCAUCAUUUGAGUCUGUCGGAUUAUUUGUGCCUUUUAGAUAAUUUUGUGUCUGUUGGAUCAUUUUGUCUAUUGGAUCAUUUGUGUCUCUUUGAUCAUUUGUGUCUCUUUGAUCAUUUGUGUCUCUUGGAUCAUUUGUCUCUUGGAUCAUUUGUGUUUGUAGGUCAUUUUUUCCAGUGCUCCAUUGUAAACAAUGUAUUUUGCACCAAUUGGGUCAUAUGUCCAGUUUGGUAUUACUGGUCCCAUGGCUCAUUUGUGCCAGUUUGGUAAUUUGUUGUUAAUGGGUAGUUACAUCAGAAAUAGAAUUAUUAUAUUGAUCAUUGAAACAUUAUCAUACUUCAUUUUGCUGAGUCUCUCUAUGCUUAGCAUAUACAAAAUACAACAACAUGGAAGACAUAAUCAUUAUAUUUUAUUGUUGCAUUUCGAUAACUUGUAUGACAGUAAUUUUUAAACUCAAAAUAAAAAAUCAGUGCAAUGAAGCCUUCUAUCAGUCUAACUUGUUACUCCAAGAACAUUUUCUUGUUUGUAAACUUUUUCCCCUGAAGAACAGUUGGAUUUAAUUCUCUGAACUGGCAUGAAACAAGCUGGGCCAAACAGAUCAAAUGAGUUACACCAGAUUUCCACUGGCACUCCAUGUGAAAAACGUUCUGGAUGAACUGAGUACCAAUUUACUCUUGCAAAGUAAAACAUGUAUCGCUGCUCUGGCAAAUAUGAUUCUGCUAAUUUAACCUUAAUACGGUGACGAAAAAAAAUGAAAUAACUUGUCCUGGUCUGACAUCAUUACAUCCACUGCUACAAGCUAACCGUCCUUCAUGACCUGCCCAGUUUGCUAGAACAAAUGAAUUCCUUGUGGUCUGGCUUUGCGAUGAUCCAUACACUACAGAUCCAACUUUGAGCGAUUUAAAUUCUGCAAUGGUGUGUGGCAUUUCAAGGAAGGUACCCUCACCAAGUCCUAAGAGUUCUUUAUAUACUGACUCUAGUGCAGUUAAAUCAUCAGUGUCUAAUGUUUCAUCUCUAAAUGUUGACAUUUCAACUAUAUCAUCACUUGCAGUCCAAUCACACAAAUGCAAGUCUUUGAUGGAUAUCUCCCUGUGCUGUCGAAGACUGAGGAACUGUUUAAUUGGCUCUUGUGUGUCCUUUACAGACCCUGAACUGUGUGAGCCCUCAAAAAACUCCAAGAAAGUCUCCUGAAACAUUUCUGGGUACUCAAAGUCCUUAACUUUGGUUUGUGACAAAAAUUUUCGCAUCAACUGAAUUUCAAUAGAGCGAUUGUUCGUAUGAAAAGAUCCCAGGAUACCAUUAAAUCUUUCAAAACUGAAGCACCAGAAAGAAUGAAAGGGGCCAUAAUCUAGAAGGCACUCUUUAAGGUGUCCAUGUAGAUGCAUAUUUGGAGUAACCAGAUCCUUCCCACAUAGUUCUUCAAAUGUGUGACAAAAUUCCAUUAAAUGUCUGUCCCCUUGCUCAAUAUCAUCAUCAGUAAGAAUUUUCUUUCCAAGAGUUUUACAGGCAAGGACAAAAUGACGCCAACACUCAAGGUGGUUUUCAGGGAGAACUCCUUUUAAAGCAAACAAUGAAUAAACUACUGUCCAGUUCUUCCAUUGAUCAGCAGUAAAUCCUGAAAAACUGUUGGCAAUCUUUCCAGGUAUGCGUCCAAUAUCUUGAGGCACUGUCAUCCCAUCGACCAGUUCUUGGAUCCUUUGAAAGUCCUCAUCAGAUAUGAAAUCAUUUUUUUCAUUAAGCCACACAUUUUUCAUGAUGUGUUUGGCUGUUCCCAGAUAAAGAUUGUGCAUGGGGUCCACAACAAAGUAGCGAAUACAGUCAAAAUAGUCUAGUUCUUGCAGAACUGAAUACCUAGCACCUAACUGAGAACACAGUUUUUGUUGUGCAGUAGGGCUGGUUUCAUCCAUUGUUCUUUUUGCAGAACACUUAUGCUCAGAGGAUGUUCUGGGGCUCCAGUUUUCUCGAUCAAAACCACUAAAAUCGAGGCCAUCUCUAGAACCAAAAGAUUUCUUACAGCGAGAACACCCUUGUGAUGACAUGUGACUUAGAAAUCCCCUAUUUUUCUUGUGGCUGGAAUGUCUGAGGAGACACAAAUGAGUCCAACCUUUAUUGGUCGUUUAAAAAACUACCAUGAACUGAGAAUCGUUCCUUACAAGCCCACAAAAAGCUUGUAACUCUCUCACAAGCGGUUCAAGGAAAGUGUUGGCAGUUAGCUUUGGCUCUGAAGGUCCAGGCAGAAUUCCAGUUACUAUGAUGUUCUCAAGUCUAUAUCUUUCAUGACGAGGUAAAUUAAGUAGAACAAGAUACACAACUCCAACUGAUCCUGGUGAAUGCUUAUGAGGUCUGAACCAAUCUACAUUAAGCAUGAAAGCUAAGCUGUUCGAGUUUGAAAGAAACCCAGUUGAAGACAGCUCCUCCAAACAUUCCCUUGGUAGAUAUCUGUCUUAACAUUUGCAGAGGAAACCUGAUUUCUCCAUUCUUGACAUUUGUUCCACAGUCCAGGUCUAGCCAGAAGACGCUGCAAAGACUUCACAAUCGAGUUAUAUGGAUACACCAUUCUUGGAUAAAGAAAUGUUUUUGUUCCAUUCUGAACAGUCUUUAGUAGUAUUUCAUCACAAGGACCUAAGGAAAAGAACUUCAAAAGUUAUACAAACCCAGCUCAUGUGGAAAACCUGUAAUUUAAUAUAGAAAUAAAAAAUUCUUUCUUACUGAGUACUCAUUGCAUACUCAUUGAACUUGUUCACUUCUAGAAAACCCUCUCCAAGAUGAUGAGAAAAGUCCACAGUUUUUCUAAUAAGCAAAAUAAUCUUCAUUUUAAGAAUGCAGCAACUCACCAGUUUUGCUCCCCCAAUAUCUUUGAUGUAGUAUAUAAGAAAACAAGUGCAAGGGUUUGAUUGUGGCAUCCAAAUGUUGAGAAACAUGAAAUGAAAGCACAAGGCUGCUGGUUUAAUUUGUUUUGAGAUGUUUGGAUGCCACAACCAAACCUGAAGCAAGAGCCUUUUAGCUUGCUUCACAAACUGCCUAUUUCAAUCAUCACCUAAAUUGUCACAUUAUUGUUAUGCUCUUUUCGUUGGUUGCAUAAUUUUGGACAUUUUAUCAGCAACUAUCCAUCUGUUGUCUCUUUCGGGUUUCUUUGGGGGAUUCAAAGUGUGUGCUAAAUUUAUGGUAGUUUUGCUCAUUUAGUUUAUAGCUCUAUGGUUAGUUGGAGCUUAAUUAUGGCAGAAAGUAAUGCAGUUAACCGUUUUCACAUCCCGAAAAGGGGUGAAGAGCAAGGUAAACUGCUAAAGGAAAGUUUUCCCUAAUGUAGUGUAAUUUUCUUAUUUGCCUUACACAUACACAUAAAUUUAGAUAUUCAGUAGAAACUUAUAUCCAGAUCACUGAUGAUCUGGAUGUGUUUUUAUUGAAUAUCUGGAUUCAUGCAUGUGACGAAAUACAGAUAUACAUAUUUAUCAAGUAUCUAGUUUUAUGCAUGUGACAAAAUACUUUCCACUCAUUGGCCAAUAACCUCAGAAUAAUUAAUGAGUUUGAGGAGGAAUACAUCACAUGCACAUAAAAUGAACUGACUGCUAUGUAGUUUCUUACCUCUGCGAUUCCUGUGUGGGUGUCUUGACCAUGGUACAAACUUACAUCGAGCUGAAACUUGCCUUCCACAACGGUUCUGGAUGCAGUCUUUGUAAUCAUACAGGUUUUUGCACUUUGGGCACACAACAUAUUUAAUAAAUUCAUCAUUUCCUAGUAGCCCAAGGUUCUUCCUUAACUUGUAAAGCGUACUUGGCAAACGUUUUGAAAGUCUAGAAAUUAUACCAUUCUCAUCAAAAGUUCCAAGAAGCCCCAAGAAACGACUAAGAAAUUUGAGUAGCAUUUCAACAGCUGAGUCUGUCACAAAGAAAGCUGACUGCCAGGAUACUAGAAACAAUAACAACCAAAAUACAAGAAUACCGCAUCUGUCGGAGAUUGAGGGUGAAUAUUCAUCGGCAUUCUCAGUUGAUUGAUUCUGCUCAAAAUCCUCUUCAGAGUCUUGAGCAUUUGGAAAACCAGACCAGUCUUCGUUCACAGAAUCUUCCCUGACAUUUCUACCACUUUCAUAUGCUUCGAUCUCUUCAUCGUCGUCCUCAAAGUAAGACAGAUCUUCUUCGCUAAAACGUUUCCUUAAUCGGUCCUUGAGUCUUCUUCUAAGAUCUGGAGACAAAGGGCAAUCGAUGAGUUCCGCCUCAGUUCCAUCGAUGCCCUCAUCUACCUCAUGGCAGUUGAUCGGCGACUCUGUCUCAAGGCCAUCGCCAUUGCAUAAGUUGCCGUUUGACAAAAGCUGUGGAGCAUCAUCAGCGUCUCGGUGGAUUUCAUCGCCAGAACUGUCCGGGCAAACGUGUGUCCUCGCUCCAGAAUAGGAGUAACUAUUUCCACAUCUAGAACAAUAAAUUCGACGCCUAUUCCGCCGAUUCAGUUCGCGAGGAAAGCUUCUUUUGGCAUUGUAAGGUGCUCCAAUCAGCAAAAUAACGAAAAAGGAACUUCGAUCCCAAAAUACAGGAUGAAAUCUUGUCAAAUACUUAAUAAAUUUUGUUAAUUGUUUAAAUUGACCACUAAGAACAUUACUUUGAUGAAGGAUUUUAAUUUUUGCGUCCCUCUUGGCGCCAUACAUAAGACCGCUGACCAUCAUGCACGAAAUUUUGACCAAUCAUAUCGAUUGUUAUGACUGCAUACUUCAUUGGACCAAUCAUAUUCCUUGUUUUAGUUUGUUCGUGAAGGAAAACUCACAACAAUCAUUCCACGUACGACUUGCAAGUCGAGUGAAAGCUGUCUAUUUACCUAACUCUUUAUCGAGAAAUGGCAUCUAGCAGAGCCUCAAAUGUAUCCGAAUUUCGCCAAGUCUUGAGUAGACUCAAAGAUUUACAUGAGAAGUUGGAAAGGUCCGAUCAAUCUAGUCUUGCAGCUAAAUUGUCGGACAUAAAUGACUCCUUAAGCAUUAUCGAAGGUAACCAGACUGACUUCUCCGAUACAGUCCUGCAAACUUUGGAGAGGAUCCAUUCUACGAUGGUAAAUGGCUUUAAAACUAUGGAAGACAGGAUAUCCACGCUAGAAGCCAAACUAACCAGCCAUGAGACUGGAAGCUAUGAUGCAGUGACGCCGCCGAAUUCUUCAAGAAAAAGAAAAAUCGCACGGCACCCUGAUCUUUCGGUAAGAUAUGUGAAUAUUUUCCUCUUUGCUAUUUCUUUGCGUUGAGAAUGUUAACCAUAAAAUUUAUAAGAUAUAUCAAAGGAUUACCCGGUAAGAACAUGGAAAGUGAAGUCAAAAGACGUUUUCAAAUUUCGUGCGCAUUUUGUGAUUUAUAUCACACCUUUUGAUUGAUCAAAGCCGAUCCCCGCCAUUUUUGACUUGCUGUCGGUUGCGAAUUUCUUUUAUCAUCCGUCCUCUUUCGGUGACGCUAACGUCCCCUUAGUUCAAAGAUGUGUUUAUGCAUGUGAGCGAUUGAUUUGUUUGCUCUCUCUUAGAAAGAGAGAAGGAAUGACAAACUUAAAUUUUCUGAUGUUUAAAACACUCAGUUAAAUUCCUCUUGCAUUUAUUGAUGAUCAUUCACAGCAUUACGUCCGCUCCAAGAUGGAACAGUUAGGACUGUCGUGGAACACGGAAAGGAAGUAAGUUCAUAGCCAAAGGGGAGUAAAGAUACUUGUAACAUAGUUUGUGAUUGAAUAGUUUACAACGGAAGUCCAUGUGGAAAGAAAGUGGGAGGUGCAAGUGGUUUGAAGAGCUACGCAUUAAUAAAAUCUCAACCACAAAGGAAAAAAGUAGAAUUAAAGUGGUGAGAGCAGAAGUAAAAAUCAUCGUUUUAGUCCCACGUUUUCUUGAUCAGUCAUGUUAGUCCAUGGAAGUUCACUGUAAGAAUACCAUACUGAGGAAUGCUGUGUCAUGGCUCCAUUUGGGCUAUUUGUACCACUUACACCAAAAGAAGAGGUUUCUCAUAAACCUAACCAUUUGAAUAAUGAGUUACAGUUUCUAUUUGGGGGAACCUAUGCUGGAAAUGACUUUGAGGUUUUGCAAUUUACUUUUAUAUACACAUUAUAUUCCAACAGGGAGAAUGAGCCACCAAACCAAGAAGUUGCCAGAAGACUUCUUAAAGAAGUUCAAGAAGUUGAGCACGUAAAGAAUGACUCUCUCUGCACAGAGAGGCGGAUAUUUGGUAUGUUUCCCUUUGUUAUUGAUUUUUUUAAUUGGUCAGGACCUUUAAGUCAACUAUUUAUCACUUAUCGACUCCAAGAAAUGGAUAUCUCACUCAACUUUUGCUUCAUUGGGAUUGAUUUCUUUUAAAGUUAAACCGCAAGAAACCUGCUCUGUUUACAUCACCUAAGUUGGCUCACAAUGCCUACAUGUUGUCUUUUUUUUCAAACAGAGUAAAUGAUUUUAGCUCUGGUACAUUAACUGUAUAAAGCUAGUCAAAUAAUUUCUCAGGUACAGCUUCAGUAUUAAACCUUGGUUUCCUGGCCUGACCUCAGAAAUAUUUAAAUUUUCAGAUGCUGUCUCUCAAAACUUUGCCUCCAACAAAAGAAAGAGGAGGCAGAUGGAAAAUGGUACAUAUGAGCAGUACCAAAGGGAACAGAAGAGGAGGCAAAAGAAUUAAAAGGGUAAGAGUUAGCUUGCUUCAAUGAUGUUUCUACAAAAAGUUAACUGUGGACCAUUUCAUUCACCUCUUAAACUCUUUCUUUUUCCUCUAUUUCUCUACCCUAUGUGAUUGUGGAGAUUGCCAUUGAUGAUGUUUUUCUGCUUGAGCUUAGUUUAAUAUUGAAAAUUGAAUGUCAUGUUAGUUGUGCAAUGAGCCAAGCAGUUUUGGAAAUGUCUUUAAGUAUUAUGAGUUAGAGAGAAACAUCUAUUUUAAAUGAUGAUGAAACCACAACUAUUGUUUAUUUAAUGAAAGUCUGCUAAGUCUAAAACUUUUCAUGUUUUACCCUAGAAACUGGAGAAGAGACUGAGAGUGGUUACUGAGGAAGAAAAGGAGUCAGAAUUGUUCGAGGCAUUGCAUUUGUCAAUGAUAUCCUCAGAUGAAUCUGAUGGCGAGGAUGACACCCUGUCCACAAAGCAUCUUGUCUGGAGGGCAGAGGAGGUUUCUUCUUUCUUCAAAGAACUGGACUCACGGCAUAGGGCAAAUAUGUCCACCCAACAAAGGAGGCAGUCUGUAAACAGGCAGGUUGGCCUUCCAAGUACCAGAAGCCACAAUGAAGUGCCAGAGAAAUUGCUCUGGGCCAUUAAAUUGUAAUUAUUUUCUGUUUUUUUUUUCCAUGAAUGCUGUUAUUGUUUACUAGGCAAUUUUGGUUACAGUGAAUCCAUUAGAGUAAAGCAGUAAUUAAUGGAUGUUCUUGAUUUAGAUUAGAUAUGGGAUAUUUACUUCUAGAAGCCCUGCUAUGUUCCUUAAGUUCAACUGCAAAAGUUCUUUUACACUUGAGGAUGGUGUUGAGUAGGAUUUUUCAAACUCUAAGGUUUGAGCCUAGAAAAUUUUUGAGUAUUUUUGUGAUGUUUAUCAAAAUUAAGGAAACAGCUCGAAAUGUUGAACUGGAUGAUACAUGUAAAAGCUUCUUUUACAACUGCCUGUGUGAGUCCCAAUAUAAUCAUCCAAAUUUCACAUAUAUGCAUUUCAACAUUUUCCCAAUUUUAUAUAUGAUCCACCUCAGGUGGUGAACAGAUAUUAGGUUUCACUCAUUUUUGUGCAAGGUUUGUUUGUGUCAUUUAGAAGUCUCAUUUUAUUGACCAAAAUGAAGCAGAUUGUAUUUGUUUGCCAAGGGUGAGACAUACGAUUUUGUUGAUAUUGUAGUAAGAGUGCAUUUUUUUUGCGCUGAUACUUUUAAAAUUUUUUUUUAAUGUUAGUUUUCAAGGUUUUCUGUGCUGUGAAUAUUUGUAAAAAUUGUAUAAUUAAGAACUGAUGUAACUAGGUGAAUACUACUUUGGUUAAUUGGUAAUAAAAAGGCUUCAAAAAAAUUUAUGUCAAGGCUCUUAUUACUUGCGUCACAUACGGGAGGGAAUGAUUCCAAGUAGUUCAAUGGAUCAUUUGAUUUGCGAAGUGGAUUCAGCGACUGGUAGAACUUCUUCAAAAUCGUUCUAGAGCAAGGGAGCCUGGAGCUAAAGAAAUUAUGAGCGAGAGAAGUAAAUGUAAAUAUAAAUUUCCAAAUGGUUGACAGUGUAAAACACCGAUGAAUAUAGGAAUACAUGCCAUUUUCCGCACGAUAAUCGAACGGUAAAUACAAGAAAAUGCGUGGGAAUAACCGCAUUCGGGUGGUGAACCGCCGCUAACAACGCGUUUCCUCAACGCAAACAGCUGCAAACGCUAGAAAACAUUGUAUUUCAAUUUGUUAACCAACCCGUGAACGUUGGACGACACUUGGUUUUCAAGCGUUAUCUACGCAUUUACUGUCCUAGAAAAUGGAAGAAAACGCAUUGUCUUCAACGGAAAACGUCUGUGAAAACAAUGUUUUGUUACUGAGAAAACACCAGUAAACAACGGAAUACAAACUGUUUUCCCGUCUGUUAACCGUACUCUUAACACUAAGAAAACAAUCGUUUUCAUAGAGUUCACUGUGGAGGAAAACUGCUGGAUAAUGGAACGAAUACUCCAAUUUGCCGACUCGAAAACAACGGGAGAACGUUGGAUUUUCUUUUCGGAAAAUGUCAGAAAAUGGGUGAAUAAUGCUGCGUUUUCAAAUAUUCACAACUUGUUUUCCGAACGGGUGAACACCACUUUUUUUGCAGUGGUACACAUAAACAAGGUUACAAGCUAGAUACUCAUAACAGACAAAAGAUUCACAGAGUUCUCUUAAUUUCAUAAAGCUACGACAACUUGUCAAAAUGAGUGAGCUCCUUCAAGUUUUUAUCACCGCUGCGUUCCUUUUGCUGACCGUAAAUGGAGACAAAUCCUCUUCCCCAGCUUGCGCCAAGCCGUACGACCAAAUGAUGGCAUGUAAUCUUAUCUGUAACAUGAUUCAAGACUCGGACGCCAACGAUGCAAUGAAAAUGUUACAAACCAAACUCGAAGGUCUUAUUGCAGCGAUGAAGAAUCGUUCUCCUCCACUGCCAGGUAGUCCAACCAAACUGAAAUAUUUUAGGUAUCUCGCGUAGCAACUCGCUCUAUUGAUUUGAUGGUUGAAACAACGUGUGCGAUUGUUUCAAAAAGCCACACAAACGGUGCUCGUUUUUUUUUUAAAACCCUGAUUUCUAUUCUUCGUAAGUCGGAUUAAGCGUUUUAGAAUAAUAAAAGCUAUUUUAAAAAUAUUAACCUGCGCUGUUCUUUUUCAUCUCACCAGCCUCUUCUUGCAAGGAACACUACGAAAAAUACAAGUAAAUGAAUAAUGAUACAAUCAUAACAAAAUUAAUGCAAAUAUAUCCUGUAUUGUUAUAUUUAAGAAAAGUUGAUCUUUUUUAGGAGCUUCCUCUUCGUUUUUUACAAUGGCCAUAAUGAAUUUUGUGAACACUUGUAUUUCUGUUGUCCACAGGUGGACAAAGAGUCAAGUUUACCCUCUAAUAUUUGGUUCACAAAAUAUUCCUGUUUACUGUCACAUGGGAAACUUUGGAUGUGGAGAUGGAGGAUGGACUUUGGCCAUGAAGAUUGACGGAAGAAGGUAUGCUACUUUUUUUAUCAAGGAAUACCACUGUUGUAAACUAUACACCACUAUAACUUUCCUUUUCUCAACAUUUCAGAAAACCUUUCAUUAUGAUUCCAAGUUUUGGAGCGACAAAAAUGUCUUCAACCUUCCCGGAGGAAAGACUGGCUUUGACUCAGAGGAGACCAAAUUACCGACCUACUGGAACACACCCUUCUCCAAGAUAUGCCUCGGUAUGAAAAUCAACCAACAGCUCAGGUUUAUUGUCAUCAACAAGCAGGCAAGCUCUCUCCACUCACUGAUCGCUGAUGGAAAAUAUCGCAACACUGCACUAGGUCGCAACACGUGGAAGAAGUUAAUCGGCUCACAAUCCUCCUUACAGGCCAACUGUAACAAGGAAGGCUUCAAUGCUGCAGGCAGUUCCAAAGGCUCUUCCAAAGCAAGAAUUGGUAUUCUUGGAAAUAAUCAAAAACACUGCGCGACCACUGAUUCCAGAAUCGGCUUUGGAACAGGAGGAUAUCAGGAUGACACCAUCACUUGUGGAAAUGAUGCAGCAAAAGGUCAGACAUCAGACAAUGGAGAGAAGCACAUCAAAGCUAUGGGAUAUAUCUUGGUGCAGUGACAAGGGAAUCGUUGAACCCUCCGUGACAUGUCUUUCGAGCAAUUCCCAGAGUGAACUCAAAUAUAUAGAUGUAGAUAUAGGGAUUAAAGCUAUUAAAAAAAAGUCGUUCAAAACUGAUCCCGUUUUACUGGUUUGGACUUUCGGUAGUUUACCGUUGUAAUCCAGCUUCUGAUCAAAUUCUUUUCCAACAAUUUUUGACGGUCAUGACUAUAUAGCUGUUUUACUGGAGGUUGGGAUUUGACAUGAAUUAAAAAAAUUGGCGCAAAAAGAAUAUUCCUUGUCAAUGACGUAAACACCUUUGUUAUAUGAUCCAGUGAAUAAUUCACAACAAAGCCUAAUGUCAUCCUAAACUACGAUUUGAGAUGAUGUUGACGGAAGAGGAAGAACUGACCCUUCAAAGCCCCUUUUGCAAUUUAUGAAAAGAGUAUAAGAUGUUUCUCCAAAACUCCUCAACGUUUCCUUUUAUUAAGAAUCCCCUUGAUUGAAGCAAAUGCAUUGUGAUCUUGGAUUACCAAGAAAUUGUAUCCGGACCAAUUUUGCACCCAUGAGGAGCGGUUCAACAAAAUCCAGCAGUGUUUGUGGGUUCCAAGAGCGUGUGGAACGCCUUCAUAAUUGUUAUGGCCUGCUAACACAAAGUGUCCGUUUUGUUAUUUUUAUUUGUUUUUUUGCCAGUUAAUUAACAGAAAUAUCCUAAAAAAAUUCUGCCUUUCAAUCUUGAUGCAAUAACCGAAAUCUUACGCGGGCUAUCAUAAGUCAGUAAAAGUGUUCAGACGAGAGUAAACGGCUGUGACGUUUUAGAUUCGCGGGUGUCUUGAGAAAUAUCCUAACAGAAGCAGUAAAGAUGAGUCAUGAGUUAUUCUGCGCUGACACUUACAGCGUUAACAGAAUUUCCAAUAGAAACUCCGUUAAAUCCAUGGCUGCCCCAAUUUUUCUGCAGCCAUGUUUCGCGUUCUCCCGAUACACUUGUCUAGAGAAAGGGCAUUUUAUAUUUGGAAUUGUUCAUUUGUUUGUAUUCCGGCGCUGUCAAAACAUAUCUUGUUUCUCUUACCGCAUGGUUAAUGAGUUUCUUCCAGCCUUGCUUACUCCUCUUCUGUUUUUCUUUCUGCGAAACACCUUUGUGAAUUUAUUCGGUUAUCGUAGAAAAGUCUGGUUUCAGGUCACUUGCUGCGUCCAACUGAAAGUGCAAAAAAUCUCCAGAACUUAGCGCAUGAAAAGGAAUGAGAAAGUUUCUUGAUCAGCAGAACAAAUUUGUUUCUAAAUACAUGUCUUAGUAACUAGUCUUUCAACUUACUCGUAUUGUGUAUAUUUUAAAUGCUCUAAAAUGUGUCAUAGGCGCCACUGACAACCGAGAUAGAAUGACACAUUCCUAUUUACAUCAGUAAGUUUACAAACUGGUUCACGGCUGCGACAAACAGAUGAGUUACUGACCGAUAAACUUUGUUUGGAAAAAAACAUUCCUCACCUGAUGUUGCAUAUUAAAGACCAUGAGGGCACUUGCUGUAUUCUGAUUUUCCCCAACCUGAGUUCACCGAGAGAUAAUAUGCAUGCGCAUCAUAGCCGUUCGCUGUAGAUUUUGUAAGGGAAUUUGAAGUUUCUAAGCGAGUAGUCAAUUUGCAAAUCAAUGAUUUAAGUUUACUUUAGUAGUAAAUAGUAACGAACUAUUUUACGAAAACUGCAAAAUAAAUCAUGCAUGUAUAUAUUUUUUAGAAAUAAUACAUAGACCAGAUAAAAGUUUCGACGAACUGGCUCUCUGCUUGAUCAUCUCGUAUACGAGUAACCAAUCCUAAGACCUAAGCUUAAACUAAAAGGACAAAAUCUCCUGAGCUAAAAGUAGACGGCAGAAAUGCAAUUAUAUUAUUUCGCUGUUGCAUUUUCAGUGUGCACAAAGAGCAGAUAACAGGCUUCCCUAGCUUAUUCAGUUGUUGAAAACUUUAAAAUCGACGGGGAUUAAGAAAAAUUUGAUUUACGAUCAAAACUGAGCGAGGCGAGCGAAAUUGCUUUUGGCACAUUUUUUUCCGCAGGAGUAAGACGUUGUGUGUUUGCUCUGACCCUAAGACUGAAUUACUAGUAAAGUAUUCUCUAAUUUACUCAGCCACGUAUAAGCAACCGAUAAAACAUAUUCUGGUUAUAUGAAACUUGAAGAAAAAUUGAGCGAAAGAAAUAACCUCUUCAAAAUUAUAGAAGCCAAGAUCUCGCCAGCGGCUCAAAUUUAGAACAAAGGUUAUUGGAUUGCUACCGACAGUAGGAAUAUUUUCGAGUCCGGUAAAUAUUUACUGAGACACAAUACACAGGGACACGGUUACACGCUUGCUACUCAUAAGAGGGCUGGACAGAACAUUCACAAAGUCUUCCUAUUUGUAAAAAACUAUGACAACUGUAUUCCGUCAAGUUUGUAUCACUGCUACAUUCAUUUUGCUGACCGUGAAUAGCGACAAAUCCCCUUCCCCUAGCUUUCACCAAACUAUACGACCAAAUGAUGGCCUGUAAUCCUAUUUGUAACAUGAUUCAAGACUCGGACUGACAGGAGAAUAAAUUACCUAAUGGAACACACCCUUCCCCAACAUAUGCCUCGGCAUGAAGAUCAGCCCAGAGCAAGAGUUGGUAUUCUCGGAAAUAAUGCAAAAGACUGCACAAGCACUGAUUCUAGAAUCGGCUUUGGAGCGAGAGGAAACCAUGAUGACAAUAGAACAUGCGAAGGUGUUGUUUAGUUCAAAGUAGAGAUGGAAAUCAUUUUUGUCGGUGGUUUCGAUCUUAGACUAGGCAAAAUUUGAUUAUUAAACGUAGUGGUCUGGCAGAUUACAACUCAGAAAUGUUCAAAGCUAUAAAACCGACACACAGAGCUGUUGAUUGUCCUAAUCAUCAUAUCUUUUGCUUCACCACCUUCUUGUCCCGACUCUCGUACUGUCCCCAAUAUUCAUUUUAGAGCAUUGACGGAUUAAUUAACCCUUUAACUCCCAAAAGAGAAUUUCUCCUUACAAUAUCAAUACAAUAUCAAGCAUAGAAGUGAGGAGAAUAAAGAAAAAUAUCAAUUCGGGAUUAUUAGUUAAACACCGUUGGCACUUUUAAGAUUCGUGCGUGUCUCAGAAAAAUAUCUUAACAGAAGCAGGAAAUACGGGCAUUUGUAAAACUGUUCUAAUGAGUAAAAUCUAAAAUCCAAGCUUUCGCCGAUCAACGGCAUCAUCAGGGAUGUAAUCAUUAGAACAGUUUUGUUUUAAUUAUGCUGCUGAAGGACAACAUGAACAGAUUACGGGCAUUUCUAUUUACAUAACCUAAUCUAAAAACUAGAAAAGGUUUUAAAAAAAAACACUUUUCGAUAGAAAAUCCAUAAAAUCCAUGACAGUCCUUCCAGUUUAUAAUACAGAUGUUUCAAAUUCUCCCUGCUCAAUCAUCUUGAGCCAGAACGGAAAAAAGACUAUAAAUUUAAGACUAUAAAAGUAUUCAAUUUAUUCAUAUUUGCCAGAGUUCAUUUGUUUGUAUUUUGGCGCUGUAACACCUUCAUCUUGUGUUUUUUGUCUCCACGUAGUUAAUAAGUUUCUUUUAUUCUUGCUCACCACUUUUUUAUUAGAAUUUCUGCCAAUUCCCGCCUGUGAUUUUUUUUCGGUUACUGUAAAGAAGUCUGAUUCCAAGAAUCUCGCUGCUUGCGUCUUACUGAAAGUGUUUUCAUGAUGAAACUGCAAACUUAAAACAAGAAAAACGUGGAGAACUUGGCUGAUAACCCAAUCAGCAAGUACAUGAAAGUUUUUUAUGCAAUACAUAUUGUAGUGACUACUCUAUAAUGUUCAGAAAUACUUUAAGACGCUACUAACAGCUGAUAGCAUUAGUGUCACAGUUGUAUGUACACAAAUAAGUUUACAGACCAAUUCACGUCGGCGACGAACAGAUGUGUUAUUUACUGUCCAAGUUUUGUUUGAAUUAAGAAAAAUGUGCCCUAUGUUUGAAAUUUCGCCUCAUGUCGCAUACCCAAGACCAUGAGGCUACUUUACCCUUAUGCAGAGCCCAAGAACCCACAUGUGAUAUACAUAUGGAUACGCUUCUUAGCCGUGUAGUGUACAUUUCUUAUAGAAAUUUACUUGUCAUCGACUCAGAGGGCGCUAAGUCGAUGAAUACAUUUACAAAUCAAUGGUUAAGUUUACUUAAAUUGUAAAUAGUAAGAGCCUAUUUUAUGAAUACCGUGCAAGAAAUAGUCUUGACGAUUCAAGGAUUAUAUUCCAGAGUCCAAUGCCAAAGAUAUUUUUCGAUGAAUUUGCUCCUUAAAUAGUCGUUUCGCAUGCUAAUAGGCAUCCCUCAGAACUAAGGUUAGAAAUAACGAAACACAAUCGGCGAGGCUGAGAAGUGACGAUGAAAAUAAAAUAAACAUUAGCUUUCAAUCCGCAUCAGGAAUUAAAAAAGGCUUCCUUUGCGUGCUCAACCCUUAAAAGCUCUGAUGUCGAUUUGAUAUGAAGAUCGAAACUGAACCGAGCAUACGAAAUUGCAACUGGAAUAAACUUUUUCAGAAGGAACGGGUUGUCUGUUUUCUUUGCACUGGCUCACUAGUAAACUAUUUAAUUUACCCAGUCGGGCAAUAAGCAUGCCAUGUUAAUAAACUUUGGUACAUUAUGAAAUAAGAUGGAAAAAAAACUAAAUCGAACCAAAAAAAACUUCGCCAAAGUUAUGAAAGCUAAACAUUGAUCAUGGGCUUAAAACUCGGAACAGGGUUAUUGGAUAGCCGCCAACAGCAAGAAUAUUUUCGAGUCAGGUAAACAUUUGCUGAGACACGUACACAUAAACAAGGUUACAAGCUAGAUACUCAUAACAGACAAAAGAUUCACAGAGUUCUCUUAAUUUCAUAAAGCUACGACAACUCGUCAAAAUGAGUGAGCUCCUCCAAGUUUUUAUCACCGCUGCGUUCCUUUUGCUGACCGUAAAUGGAGACAAAUCCUCUUCCCCAGCUUGCGCCAAGCCAUACGACCAAAUGAUGGCAUGUAAUCUUAUCUGUAACAUGAUUCAAGACUCGGACGCCAACGAUGCAAUGAAAAUGUUACAAACCAAACUCGAAGGUCUUAUUGCAGCGAUGAAGAAUCGUUCUCCUCCACUGCCAGGUAGUCCAACCAAACUGAAAUAUUUUAGGUAUCUCGCGUAGCAACUCGCUCUAUUGAUUUGAUGGUUGAAACAACGUGUGCGAUUGUUUCAAAAGCCACACAAACGGUGCUCGUUUUUGUUUUAAAACCCUGCUUUCUAUUCUUCGUAAGUCGGAUUAAGCGUUUUAGAAUAAUAAAAGCUAUUUUAAAAAUAUUAACCUGCGCUGUUCUUUUCAUCUCACCAGCCUCUUCUUGCAAGGAACACUACGAAAAAUACAAGUAAAUGAAUAGUGAUACAAUCAUAACAAAAUUACUACAAAUAUAUCCUGUAUUGUUAUAUUUAAGAAAAGUUGAUCUUUUUCAGGAGCUUCCUCUUCGUUUUUUACAAUGGCCAUAAUGAAUUUUGUGAACACUUGUAUUUCUGUUGUCCACAGGCGGACAAAGAGUCAAGUUUACCCUCUAAUAUUUGGUUCACAAAACAUUCCUGUUUACUGUCACAUGGGAAACUUUGGAUGUGGAGAUGGAGGAUGGACUUUGGCCAUGAAGAUUGACGGAAAGAAGGUAUGCUACUUUUCUAUCAAAGAAUACCACUGUUGUAAACUAUACACCACCAUAACUUUCCUUUUCUCAACAUUUCAGAAAACCUUUCAUUAUGAUUCCAAGUUUUGGAGCGACAAAAAUGUCUUCAACCUUCCCGGAGGAAAGACUGGCUUUGACUCAGAGGAGACCAAAUUACCGACCUACUGGAACACACCCUUCUCCAAGAUAUGCCUCGGUAUGAAAAUCAACCAACAGCUCAGGUUUAUUGUCAUCAACAAGCAGGCAAGCUCUCUCCACUCACUGAUCGCUGAUGGAAAAUACCGCAACACUGCACUGGAUCGCAACACGUGGAAGAAGUUGAUCGGCUCACAAUCCUCCUUACAGGCCAACUGUAACAAGGAAGGCUUCAAUGCUGCAGGCAGUUCCAAAGGCUAUUCUAAAGCAAGAAUUGGUAUGCUUGGAAAUAAUGAAAAAGACUGCGGAACCACUGAUUCUAGAAUCGGCUUUGGAACGGGAGGAUAUCAGGAUGACACCAUCACCUGUGGAAAUUAUGCAAUAAAAGGUCACACAUCGGACAAUGGAGAGAAGCACAUCAAAGCUAUGGGAUAUAUCUUGGUGCAGUGAUAAGGUUUAACCCUUCCUGACAUGGCCUUCGAACAAUGCCCAAAGUAAACUCAAAUAUGUAGAUGUAGCUCAAGGGGUAAAUGCCAAUAAAAAAAAGUCGUUCAAAACUGAUCACAUUUAUCUUGUUUGGACUUUCGUUAGUUUACCGUUGGUAUCCAGUUUAUGAUCAAAAUUACUUCCUGACAAUUUUCGAUGGUCAUGAUAAUAUGGCUAUGUUACUAAAAGUUGGCAUUUGACAUAAAAAAAAAAUUGGCGCAAAAAAAAGGUAUUCCUUGUCAAUGACGUAUGCACAUUUGUGAUAUGAUCCAGUGAAUAAUUUAUAACAUAGCCUAGUUUCAACUUAAACUAAGAUUUGAGAUGAUUUUUGACGAGUAUGCGUCAGAAUGCAUCGAGUCUUUCCAUUAUUAAUCUGUUAUAAAGUGGUCGCGAAAAAAUCCCAAAUAGAGCACAGCAAGAAACGUGUAUGAUCGAAAACUGAUUAUCCUUUCACUAAAAAAUGCGCACAAUAAUAAUAUUCUCCUAUUUAUUGGCGAUAAAAUCUCCCCAAGGAAGACCGUACUACCGUAGGAUCUAAAUUCUACUUCUCCUUCAUGACCGCAUUUUUAUUUUGAGCGCCACUCUUUAUAAGUCGAUACACAAAGACAGAAUUUUUUGUUCGCAUUUCCAGUUGAUCGCUUUCGCGGUUGUUGUUCGAUUCGGUAUUAUCACAAAAAAGUGUCGCCCCGUUUCGUUUUGCACUGUUGUACUUGUAAAGUUUGAAUUUGGUUUCUGUGGCGUCUUACAGCAAAAUAAAGCGGAAAACAUGAAAUCGUCAUACAAAUAAAACAAAGGCUCCAAACGCUGACUAAUAGUUCCGCUGGAAUCAAGCAAAGAAAGGAAAGUGCUGAAAGAAAACAAUUCAAAACCCAAAGUAAAUUGACUGUUCUGACAACACGUCUCUGAGUCACAAGUUCCUGAUAUCUGAGAAUCGGCUCUGGAACAGGAGGAUAUCAGGAUGACACCAUCACUUGUGGAAAUUAUGCAAUAAAAGGUCACACAUCAGACAAUGGAGAGAAGCACAUCAAAGCUAUGGGAUAUUUCUUGGUGCAGUGACAAGGGAAUCGUUGAACCCUCCGUGACAUGUCUUUCGAGCAAUUCCCAGAGUGAAUUCAAAUAUGUAGAUGUAGAUAUAGGGGUUAAAGCUAUUAAAAAAAGUCGUUCAAAACUGAUACCGUUUUACUGGUUUGGACUUUCGGUAGUUUACCGUUGUAAUCCAGCUUCUGAUCAAAUUCUUUUCCAACAAUUUUUGACGGUCAUGACUAUAUAGCUGUGUUACUGGAGGUUGGGAUUUGACAUGAAUUAAAAAAAUUGGCGCAAAAAGAAUAUUCCUUGUCAAUGACGUAAACACCUUUGUGAUAUGAUCCAGUGAAUAAUUCACAACAAAGCCAUCAUGUCAUCCUAAUGUCAUCCUAAACUACGAUUUGAGAUGAUGUUGACGGAAGAGGAAGAACUGACCCUUUUAAGCCCCUUUUGCAAUUUAUCAAGUAUAAGAUGUUUCUCCAAAACUCCCCAACGUUUCCUUCUAUUAAGAAUCCCCUUGAUUGAAGCAAAUGCAUUGUGAUCUUUGAUCACCAAAGAAACGUAUCCGGACCAAUUUUGCAACCAUGAGGAGCGGUUCAACAAAAUCCAGCAGUGUUUGUGGGUUCCAAGAGCGUGUGGAACGCCGUCAUAAUUUUUAUGGCCUGCUAACACAAACGUGUCCGUUUUGCUGAUUUUUAUUUGUUUUUUUGCCAGUUAAUUAACAGAAAUAUCCUAAAAUAUUCUGCCUUUCAAUCUUAAUGCAAUAACCGAAAUCUUACACGAGCUAUCAUAAGUCAGUAAAAGUGUUCAGACGAGAGUAAGCGGCUGUGACGUUUUAGAUUCGCGGGUGUCUUGAAGAUGAGUCAUGAGUUUUUCAGCGCUGACACUUACAGCGUUAACAGAAUUUCCAAUAGUAACUCCGUUAAAUCCAUGGCUGCCCCUUUUUUUCUGCAGCCAUGUUUCGCGUUCUCCCGAUGCACUUGCGCGUCUUGAGAAAUGGGAAGGAAAUUGUAAGUAAAUCAAAGGGCAUUUUAUAUUUGGAAUUGUUCAUUUGUUUGUAUUUCGGCGCUGUCAAAACAUAUCUUGUUUCUCUUACUGCAUGGUUAAUGAGUUUCUUUCAGCCUUGCUUACUCCUCUUCUGUUUUUCUUUCUGCGAGACACCUUUGUGAAUUUAUUCGGUUAUCGUAGAAAAGGCUGGUUACAGGUCACUUGCUGCGUCCAACUGAAAGUGCAAAAAUCUCCAGAACUUAGCGCAUGAAAAGGAAUGAGGAAGUUUCUUGAUCAGUAAAUCAAAUUUGUGUCUAAAUACAUGUCUUAGUAACUAGUCUUUCAACUUACUCGCAUUGUGUAUAUUUUAAAUGCUCUAAAAUGUGUCAUAGGCGCCACUGACAACCGAGAUAGAAUGACACAUUCUUAUUUACAUCAGUAAGUUUACAAACUGGUCCACGGCUGCGACAAACAGAUGAGUUACUGGCCGAUAAACUUUGUUUGGAAAAAAACAUUCCUCGCCUGAUGUUGCAUAUUAAAGACCAUGAGGGCACUUGCUGUAUUCUGGUUUUCUCCAACCUGAGUUCACCGAGAGAUAAUAUGCAUGCGCAUCAUAGCCUUCGCUGUAGAUUUUGUAAGGGAAUCUGAAGUUGCAUCGGCUAAGCGAGCAGUCAAUUUGCAAAUCAAUGAUUUAAGUUUACUUUAGUAGUAAAUAGUAACGAACUAUUUUACGAAAACUGCAAAAUAAAUCAUGCAUGUAUAUAUUUUUUAGAAAUAAUACAUAGACCAGAUAAAAGUUUCGACGAACUGGCUCUCUGCUUGAUCAUCUCGUAUACAAGUAACCAAUCCUAUGACCUAAGCUUAAACUAAAAGGACAAAAUCUCCUGAGCUAAAAGUAGACGGCAGAAAUGCAAUUAUUAUAUUUUUUCGCUGUUGCAUUUUCAGUGUGCAUUUUCUUCCUUAGCUUAUUCAGUCGUUGAAAACUUUAAAAUCGACGGAGAUUAAGAAAAAUUUGAUUUACGAUCAAAACUGAGCGAGGCGAGCGAAAUUGCUUUUGGCACAUUUUUUUUCCGCAGGAGUAAGACGUUGUGUGUUUGCUCAACCCUACGACUGUAUUACUAGUAAAGUAUUCUCUAAUUUACUCAGCCACGUAUAAGCAACCGAUAAAAUAUAUUCUUGUUAUAUUAAAAACUUGAAGAAAAAUUGAGGGAAAGAAAUAACCUCUUCAAAAUUAUAGAAGUCAAGAUCUCGCCAGCGGCUUAAAUUUAGAACAAAGGUUAUUGGAUUGCCACCGACAGUAGGAAUAUUUUCGAGUCCGGUAAAUAUUUACUGAGACACAAUACACAGGGACACGGUUACACGCUUGCUACUCAUAAGAGGGCUUCCUAUUUGCAUAAAACUAUGACAACUGUAUUCCGUCAAGUUUGUAUCACUGCUACAUUCAUUUUGCUGACCGUGAAUAGCGACAAAUCCCUUCCCCUAGCUUUCACCAAACUAUACGACCAAAUGAUGGCCUGUAAUCCUAUUUGUAACAUGAUUCAAGACUCGGACUGAUAGGAUAAUAAAUUACCUAAUGGAACACACCCUUCCCCAACAUAUGCCUCGGCAUGAAGAUCAGCCCAGAGCAAGAGUUGGUAUUCUCGGAAAUAAUGCAAAAGACUGCACAAGCACUGAUUCUAGAAUCGGCUUUGGAGCGAGAGGAAACCAUGAUGACAAUAGAACAUGCGAAGGUGUUGUUUAUUUCAAAGUAGAGAUGGAAAUCAUUUUUGUCGGUGGUUUCGAUCUUAGACUAGGCAAAAUUUGAUUAUUAAACGUAGUGGUCUGGCAGAUUACAACUCAGAAAUGUUCAAAGCUAUAAAACCGACACACAGAGCUGUUGAUUGUCCUAAUCAUCAUAUCUUUUGCUUCACCACCUUCUUGUCCCGACUCUCGUACUGUCCCCAAUAUUCAUUUUAGAGCAUUGACGGAUUAAUUAACCCUUUAACUCCCAAGAGAGAAUUUCUCCUUACAAUAUCAAUACAAUAUCAAGCAUAGAAGUGAGGAGAAUAAAGAAAAAUAUCAAUUCGGGACUAUUAGUUAAACACCGUUGUGACUUUUAAGAUUCGUGCGUGUCUCAGAAAAAUAUCUUAACAGAAGCAGGAAAUACGGGCAUUUGUAAAACUGUUCUAAUGAGUAAAAUCUAAAAUCCAAGCUUUCGCCGAUCAACGGCAUCAUCAGGGAUGUAAUCAUUAGAACAGUUUUGUUUUAAUUAUGCUGCUGAAGGACAACAUGAACAGAUUACGGGCAUUUGUGUUUACAUAAUCUAAUCUAAAAACUAGAAAAGGUUUAAAAAAAAAAACACUUUUCGAUAGAAAAUCCAUAAAAUCCAUAACAGUCCUUUCAGUUUAUAAUACAGAUGUUUCGAAUUCUCCCUACCCAAUCAUCUUGAGCCAGAGCGGAAAAAAGACUAUAAAUUUAAGACUAUAAAAGUAUUCAAUUUAUUCAUAUUUGCCAGAGUUCAUUUGUUUGUAUUUUGGCGCUGUAACACCUUCAUCUUGUGUUUUUUGUCUCCACGUAGUUAAUAAGUUUCUUUUAUUCAUGCUCACCACUUUUCUAUUAGAAUUUCUGCCAAUUCCCGCCUGUGAUUUUUUUUCGGUUACCGUAAAGAAGUCUGAUCACAAGAAUCUCGCUGCUUGCGUCUUACUGAAAGUGUUUUCAUGAUGAAACUGCAAACUUAGAACAAGAAAAACAUGGAGAACUUGGCUGAUAACCCAAUCAGCAAGUACAUGAAAGUUAUUUAUUCAAUGCAUAUUGUAGUGACUACUCUAUAAUGUUCUGAAAUACUUUAAGACGCUACUAACAGCUGAUAGCAUUAAUGUCACAGUUGUAUGUACACAAAUAAGUUUACAGACCAAUUCACGUCGACGAGGAACAGAUGUGUUAUUUACUGUCCAAGUUUUGUUUGAAUUAAGAAAAAUGUGCCCUAUGUUUGAAAUUUGGCCUGAUGUCGCAUGCCCAAGACCAUGAGGCUACUUUACCCUUAUGCAGAGCCCAAGAACCCACAUAUGAUAUAUAUAUGGAUACGCUUCUUAGCUGUGUACUGUACAUUUCUUAUAGAAAUUUACUUGUCAUCGACUCAGCGGGCGCUAAGUCGAUGAAUACAUUUGCAAAUCAAUGGUUAAGUUUACUUAAAUUGUAAAUAGUAACAACCUAUUUUAUGAAUACCGUGCAAGAAAUAGUCUUGACGAUUCAAGGAUUAUAUUCCAGAGUCCAAUGCCAAAGAUAUUUUUCGAUGACUUUGCUCCCUAACAAGUCAUUUCGCAUGCUAAUAGGCAUCCCUCAGAACUAAGGUUAGAAAUAACGAAACACAAUCGGCGAGGCUGACAAGAGACGAUGAAAAUAAAAUAAACAUUAGCUUUCAAUCCGCAUCAGGAAUUAAAAAAGGCUUCCUUUGCGUGCUCAGCCCUUAAAAGCUCUGAUAUCGAUUUGAUAUGAAGAUCGAAACUGAACCGAGCAUACGAAAUUGCAACUGGAAUAAACUUUUUCAGAAGGAACGGGUUUUCUGUUUUCUUUGCACUGGCUUACUAGUACACUAUUUAAUUUACCCAGUCGGGCAAUAAGCAUGCCAUGUUAAUAAACUUUGGUACAUUAUGAAAUAAGAUGGAAAAAAAACUAAAUCGAACGAAAAAAAACUUCGCCAAAGUUACGAAAGCUAAACAUUUACCAUGGGCUUAAAACUCGGAACAGGGUUAUUGGAUAGCCGCCAACAGCAAGAAUAUUUUCGAGUCAGGUAAACAUUUGCUGAGACACGUACACAUAAACAAGGUUACAAGCUAUAUACUCAUAACAGACAAAAGAUUCACAGAGUUCUCUUAAUUUCAUAAAGCUACGACAACUCGUCAAAAUGAGUGAGCUCCUCCAAGUUUUUAUCACCGCUGCGUUCCUUUUGCUGACCGUAAAUGGAGACAAAUCCUCUUCCCCAGCUUGCGCCAAGCCAUACGACCAAAUGAUGGCAUGUAAUCUUAUCUGUAACAUGAUUCAAGACUCGGACGCCAACGAUGCAAUGAAAAUGUUACAAACCAAACUCGAAGGUCUUAUUACAGCGAUGAAGAAUCGUUCUCCUCCACUGCCAGGUAGUCCAACCAAACUGAAAUAUUUUAGGUAUCUCGCGUAGCAACUCGCUCUAUUGAUUUGAUGGUUGAAACAACGUGUGCGAUUGUUUCAAAAGCCACACAAACGGUGCUCGUUUUUGUUUUAAAACCCUGCUUUCUAUUCUUCGUAAGUCGGAUUAAGCGUUUUAGAAUAAUAAAAGCUAUUUUAAAAAUAUUAACCUGCGCUGUUCUUUUCAUCUCACCAGCCUCUUCUUGCAAGGAACACUACGAAAAAUACAAGUAAAUGAAUAAUGAUACAAUCAUAACAAAAUUAAUGCAAAUAUAUCCUGUAUUGUUAUAUUUAAGAAAAGUUGAUCUUUUUUAGGAGCUUCCUCUUCGUUUUUUACAAUGGCCAUAAUGAAUUUUGUGAACACUUGUAUUUCUGUUGUCCACAGGUGGACAAAGAGUCAAGUUUACCCUCUAAUAUUUGGUUCACAAAACGUUCCUGUUUACUGUCACAUGGGAAACUUUGGAUGUGGAGAUGGAGGAUGGACUUUGGCCAUGAAGAUUGACGGAAAGAAGGUAUGCUACUUUUCUAUCAAAGAAUACCACUGUUGUAAACUAAACACCACUAUAACUUUCCUUUUCUCAACAUUUCAGAAAACCUUUCAUUAUGAUUCCAAGUUUUGGAGCGACAAAAAUAUCUACAACCUUCCCGGAGGAAAGACUGGCUUUGACUCAGAGGAGACCAAAUUACCGACCUACUGGAACACACCCUUCUCCAAGAUAUGCCUCGGUAUGAAAAUCAACCAACAGCUCAGGUUUAUUGUCAUCAACAAGCAGGCAAGCUCUCUCCACUCACUGAUCGCUGAUGGAAAAUACCGCAACACUGCACUGGGUCGCAACACGUGGAAGAAGCUGAUCGGCUCACAAUCCUCCUUACAGGUCAACUGUAACAAGGAAGGCUUCAAUGCUGCAGGCAGUUUCAAAGGCUAUUCUAAAGCAAGAAUUGGUAUUCUUGGAAAUAAUGAAAAAGACUGCGCAAGCACUAAUUCCAGAAUCGGCUUUGGAACAGGAGGAUAUCACGAUGACACCAUCACUUGUGGAAAUUCUGCAAUAAAAGGAUACACAUCAGACAAUGGAGAGAAGCACAUCAAAGCUAUGGGAUAUAUCUUAGUGCAGUGACAAGGGAAUCGUUCAACUCUCUGUGACAUGGCCUUCGAGCAAUGCUCAGAUUAAACUCAAAUAUGUAGAUGUAGCUCAAGGGGUAAAAUUCAAUAAAAAAAGUCGUUCAAAACUGAUACCGUUUAACUAGUUUGGACCUUCGUUAGUUUACCGUAGAUAUCCAGUUCAUGAUCAAAACUAUUGCCUAACAAUUUUCGAUGGUCAUGAUAAUACAGCUAUGUCACUGGAAGUUGGGAUUUCACAUGAAUAAAAAAUUGACGCAAAAAAUAUAUAUAUAUUCUUGUCAAUGACGUAUGAACAUUUGUGAUAUGAUUCAGUGAAUAAUUCACAACAAAAUGUAGUUUCAACUUAAACUAAGAUUUGAGAUGAUGUUUCACGAGUAUGUGUCAAAAUGCAUCGAGUCUUUACAUCAUUAAUUUGUUAUAAAAUGGUUACAAAAAAAACCCUAAUAGAGCACAGUAAGAAAAGUUUAUGAUCGAAAACUGAUUAUCCCUUCACUAAAAAUUCGCCCAAUAAUAAUAUCCUCCUAUUUAUUAGCCAUAAAAUCUCCACAAGGAAGACGGUGCUACCCCAAGGGCUAAAUUCUACUUCUCCUUCAUGAAUGCAUUUUUAUUUUGAGUGCAACUCUUUGUGAGUCGGUACACAAAGACAGCAUUUUUUGUUCUCAUUUCCCGCUGUUCACUUAUCGCGGUUGUUUUUCGAUUCGGUAUUAUCACAAAAAAAGUGUCGCCCCGUCCUCCGCCCCGUCCUCCCCCCCGCCCUCCCCAACAGCUUGCAAACCUGUUACUCAUCCGACUCCCCAAACCGGUAACUUGGUCUCUUUGUAGAUAUUAAUAAAGCUAAAUAUAAGAAUAAAAUCAGAAAGAAUACAAAAUAAAAAAUAGGGGGCUUUGUCUGUUGGAGUGUCUGAGGUAAGAGUGCCAUGACUUCUCAGAGUGAGUUUGGGCGUUUAUGAAAAUAAACAACUGAUUCAGCAAUUGACAGAAAAUGUGGAGGAUCCCUUGGGUUAGUGGAUAAGUAUCAGGACCUUUUCAUCUUCCCAGGCUUAGUUUCAUUAAACUAAAGAAAUUAGCAAGUUGUAGGCUAUACGAUGGCAUCGCUAGAAAAUGUGUGAAAACCGUGAGAUAUUCUUAAAAAAUAAUUUUCUGGCGUGACUAAGUCAACAUAAGCUUUUUUCAUUUUAUUAGCAAGAACUAUUGAACUGGUUACUAGAGAUCACCUUGGAAACAAGAUAACAAUAUCUCGGCAAAUAACAAACACAGAAGACAAAAUACAUAUAAAAUAUGCUGAAUGCAGAUUUUUUUAAGCUCGAGAUAAAGAUAAACAUCCAAGAGUCUGUCCAUACUCGAGGCUAUGACUCCAAAAAAACGAGACGUGUGCAAGAGCAGUUUGAAUGAUAAAAGAAAUUAAAUACACAGAUGUAAAACUGUGUCUUGGAAUGCACGCAAUGCCGGAAUAACGGCUGAGAAACUAAACCAACAGAGAGAUCAGGCACUGCAAGACUCAAGAGCAAUGUUUUCACAGGCUUUGGUAUAGACGAAGUCCUUGUCAAAGCAUGGAUUGCCAAGAUAUUCAAUACGAUAGCUGUACAGGCAGAGAAGGCGUUCAAAGCAAUAUUGACUAUUCGUUAUCGAUGAUGUUUCGUUGAAUUCUGUCAUUCUGUACCAAGUUGCGAGGGAAACCAGGCGUAUUCAAGAGAGUACACGACAAACUAACCUCUCUCUCUCUCUCUCUCUCAAUUGAUACAAUUAAAGUCGAACCUGUUCUAAGCGGUACCGUAUUAGGUCACUCUGUAUUAAGGGGUCGGUUUUCUAAGUCAAUAAACUUUUCGCCACAGUUACAGCAAUUUUCACCUCUAUUAAAUGAUCGCGUUUACCCUUUUCUGAGUCUCAACGGUCUGUUUGUAUUAUUUUCCCCCUGAAUUGAAAGGUCACUUUAAGUGGAACCACCCAGUUGAAGCUAUGAACAAUUUUUUAACUAAAAUUUGAGCCAUGUUUAUUUCCAGAAAUCAAAGUUAGCAGAAUUUUUGAGUGAGUUUUUAUAAAUAAAGAAGUCAAUUACGAAUAAAAGCAUGAAAUAGCGUUGUUUUCGUUUUUUUCUCUUACGACAACCCUAUUCUAUGGAAGCCGUAUUUAACAGUCAUUCCGUGAGUAACUGCUUCAUACAGGUUCGACUGUAGUUAUUUUCCUGUUUUCCUAAGCCAAUAUGGUAUGAUGUUUUAGCCCCUUCACCGAAAAUUAAACAAUUCCUGAAAUUAAAGGGGGAAAAGCUCUUAUUUAGCUCAGUGAGAGUUUUAUUUGACUUAUUUACAUACCGGUAAAGAUUACAUUAAACUUGGGUCAUACACAGGUCUUGGUGAAACCGAAAGAAGACUAUCUAUCCAUUUUGACAAUGUGGAGAAUUGAAGAUUGUACACAGUACUUGUUGUUACGUAGUGAAUCUGAUGAACAUGUGCUAAACAAUUAAAUUUUACACCUUAAUCAAUCAAAAUGAGGCUCUCAUUAGAUUUGAGAGGAUUGCCUUACUUACGCGAAAAAUACUUUUCCAUCCAAAAAAAUUACUUUAAUAGCUGUAAAAAAAACAAACAACAUAAUCGUCACUACUUUCACCACCAGUCGGUGACUCAAAGACACCUAGGUAUUUGAUUAACAAAAUAAAGAAACGUCGCGUUUACAUUAUCAUUAUGACCAGGGCACUUAAAACCGAAGUCUUUUGAGCCGAACAGAAGGAGAAUGUGGCUGCUUCCGCCCACGACCACUUUAACAUCAACCAAUCAGGUGGAAGGCCUCUAUUUCAGCGUUAAAGUGCAUGCUACGAGUUAACGGUGAUCUUUCGGAAACAGCCAGAGAAAAGCACACUUAAUAUCUGACGGCCUUCUGCAUCUAGAAAAGAUCUUUCCUGAAGCGAUCAACUUCCAAAGUAGUAAAUGUCUGGUGCCCUGUUUCUCAAACAUACUAGGAAUGAUCCUAAUCUAGAGAAAAAAAAUUCCAGAUGGACGAAGUUGUCCAGUCUAGUGAAGAGAAAGAACUGUCCCUUAAAAGCUCUUUGUAAAUUUUAUCAAAAGAGUGUAAGAUGUUUCUCCAAAACUCCCAAACGUUUCCUUUUAUUAAGAAUCCCCUUGAUUGAAGCAAAUGCUUUGCGAUCUUUGAUGACCAAUAGAUUUUAUUUUGACCAAUUUUGCAACCAUGAGGAGCGGUUAAGCAAAAUCCUGCAAUGUUUGUGGGGUCCUAAGGGCACAUGGAACGCUUUCAUAAUUUUAUGGCCUGCUAUGCGUGACCGUUUUGUUGAUCUUUUUUUUUUUUUUUUGCCAAUGAAUUACCAGAAAUAUCCUAAAAUCUUCUUCCUUUUAAUCUUAAUGCAAUAACCGAAAUCUUACAUGCGCUCUCGUUGGACAUUAGGAGUGUUUAGAUGAGAGUAUGUAAACACGGCUGUGACGUUUUAGAUUCGCGGUGUCUUAAGAAAUAUCCUAACAGAAGCCAUAAAGAUAAGUUUUUCUGCGCUGACACUUACAGCGUUGGCAUAAUUUUCAAUAGAAACUCCGUGAAAUCCACGGCGGCUCCUUUUUUUUUUCUUUACGGAUGUUUUGCGUUCUCCCGAUGCACUCGUCUUGAGAAAUGGAAAAGAAAUGUAGGUGAAUCAAAGGGCCUUCUAUAUUUGGAAGAGUUUACUUUCGGUGCCGUGAAAACAUAUCUUGUGUCUCUUUUCGCAUAGUUAAUGACAGAGUUUCUUUCAGCGGUGCUGACUGCUUUUCUGUUUGUCGUUCUGCGAAACAUCCUUUGUUAUCCAUUCGUUACCGUAGAAAAGUCUGGUUACAGGUCACUUGUUGCGUCUGACUGAAAGUGGAAAAAUCUCCAGAACUUAGCGCAUGAAAAGGAAUGAGAAAAUUUGUUGAUCAGUAAAUCAAAUUUGUUUCUCAAUGCAUGUUUUAGUGACUAGUCUUUCAACCUAGUAAUAGCGAAUAUCUUUUAGAAUGCUCUAAAAUGUUUCGUAGACGCCACUGACAACCGUGAUAGAGUGACACAUUUCUAUUUACACAGGUAAGUUUACAAACUAAUUUACGGCUUCGAUAAAAAGAUGUGUUACUGGCCCGAAAAACUUUGUUUGACCUAUAAAAAGUCAUUCCUCGCCUGAUUUCGCAUAGUCAAGACCAUGAGGACACUUGCUGUAUUCUGGUUUUCCCCAACACUGAGCCCACCAAGAGAUAAUAUGCAUGCGCAUCAUAGCCGUCCGCUGUAGAUUUUGUAAGAGAAUUUGAAGUGUCAUCGGCUUAGCGAGAAGUAAAUUUGCAAAUCAAUGGUCUAAGUUUACUUUAGUUGUAAAUAGUAAUGAACUAUUUUACGAACAUCGCGAAAGAAAUCAUAUACGUAAUUAUUCUAUAGAAAGAAUACAUAGACCAGAUAAUAGUUUCGACGAACUGGCUCUCUGCUUGAUGAUCUCAUAUACGAGUAGCCAAUCCUAAGACCUAAACUUAAACUAAACGGACAAAAUCGCCUGGAACUGGGACUAGACCGCAGAGAUGCAAUUUUUAUAUUUUGUUGUUGUUGCAUUUUCGUAUGCACAAGGAUCUGAGGGGAAAAUGGCUUCCUUAACUUAUGCAUUCGUUGAAAACUUUAAUUUCCUCAGGGAUUAAGGGAAAUUUGAUUUUUCGAUCAAAACUGGGCGAAACAAGCGAAAUUACUACUAGAAAUUUUUUUCUUCUCAGGAGGAAGGUGUUGUCUAUUUGCUGAACCCUGAGACUGGAUUACUAAAACACUAUUCUCUAAUUUUAUCACCCGCGGAUAAGCAACCGAUAAAAAUACAUUCUUGGUAUAUGGAACUUAAAGAAAAAUUGAGCGUCAGAAACAACCUCUCCAAAAUUAUAGAAGCUAAGAUUUCACCAGCGGCUUAAAUUUAGAACAAGGUUAUUGGAUUGUCACCGACAGUAUGAAUAUUUUCGAGUUGGGUAAACAUUUACUGAGAAACAAUACACAGGGACACGGUUGCACGCUUGCUACUCAUAAGAGGGCUGAACAAAACAUCCCCAAAGUCUUCUUAUUCGCAUAAAACUAUGACAACUCGUCAAAAUGAGUGUAUUCCGUCAAGUUUGUAUCACCGCUAUAUUCCUUUUACCGAUCGUAAAGGGCGACAAAAGCCCAGAGCAAGAAUUAGCAUUCUCGGAAAUAAUGAAAAAGACUGCACAAGCGCAUAUUAUAGAAUCGACUUUGGAACGGGAGGGUACCAAGAUGACAACAGAACAUGCGAAGGUGUUGUUAAGUUCUAAGUAGAGAUGGAAAUAAUUUUUGUCGGUCGUUUCGAUCUUAGACUACACAAAAUUUGGUUAUUUAACGGUCUAUCAGAUUGCAACUCAGAAAUGUACAAAGUUUUAAAACAGACGCACAGAGUUGUUGAUUGUUCGGGUCAUCAUAUCUUUUGCUUCACCACAUUCUUGUCCCGACUCUUGUACUGUCUCUAAUAUUCAUUUUAGAGCAUUAACCCUUUACCUCCCAUGAGAGAACUUCUCCUUACAAUAUCAAGUAUAGAAGUGAUCAGAAUAAAGUAAAAUAUAAAUUCGGGGAUUAUUGUUCGAUCCAAUACCAAAUUCUCCAAAUUUACGUCAUAAUAAUUGUAUGACAGACGGUAAGGAGAAUUACCAAUGAAAUCUUAAGAGUUUAAAGGUUAAGAGGACAAUUCAACAAUCAUUUUUCCCUCUAUAGUAAAACCUCCGUAGAUAUAUUACGAUAAGGUAUAUAUCGUUUGUGCCUCGAUUACUAAGUCACCUUCCAUGUGAAUCGUGAUGCUCUGAUGUCAUAUCUCCGGUCUUCUUCAUCCAACGAGGUCGACUGGUCAGGUGUCACCUUAUGAAGCAAUAAACUUCACUGUGAUAUUUUGUUUUAGACAGCUGGGAUUAGUUAUAGCGCACCGUGAUGAUUUGUGCCAAUAGUACUUUCUUUUUACUGAAGCACAAGUUAUGAAUUUAAGAAUUAUCAGACCGCUUUUCAAAUUAAAUAAUAUAUCUAAAAGGUGAAUAUAUAUAUGUGGUUACGCGAACCUGCACGACUAAGAGGUUCAAGAUACAAGCCCACGAGGAAACAGUUGCUAAUGUUCUUCCUUUGUUACAACAACAUUAAAUGAGGAAGCAUGGUCGUUGGAAAAUGUUUUAUUUCACAACUGUGAGCUGAGUUAAGCGGAGGUUUGCAAAAUAUUCUUAAACACUAGGAGAAAAUAGUACAAUUUUCUUUUGCAAAAGCGUAACUAUUUCACUAUAUAGGCGUCAAGAUAAGUCAUAAUCAGUUUUGAAGACCCUGGAUUUCCAUCACCGAAGCCAUGGUAAUAAAAAGUAGUUCAUUAACAAAUAGAAAGCAGAUGUUUUGACGAGAUUAGUGGGUCUUCUGAAAAAAAAGCAAUAUACUUAAUACCCGACUAUUCUCCUUCCAAAGAAAGUUCCAUUAACCACAAUUGAGGAAUAAAAACCUUUUAUAGGCCAUAUUUCAGAAAAAGUUUGUAUAGUAGUAAUACAAUAACAUCUUCAGUUAAUCCUAAUUUGCAAGUCAUUUGCAAGAACGACAGUUUUUUAGCAUGGCACGUCAUCCGAGUAAUUGUGUCGUAAGACAGCAUGGACAGAAAGAACCAUUUGACAAUUUAUAAAAUUCUAGUCCUCCAUUUCUUCUUCACUGUGAGUAAAGUCAAGUAAGAUUAUGCAGGGAAAAGAAGGCCUUUCGUGUCAUUUACAGAUGGCACUUUUCCUCUUUGCCUUCUUGAUCUUUGUCUUAAAUGGAACGUUAAUGUUUGUCAGUCUGGUGAACGCAAACAAAGCGGCAUUUCCCGAUGAUGUAACGUAGUACGUUUAACGAAGAAGAUAAUACAUCAACUGUAAGGCCCUUUGUUAAUAGAUCUGUGUUUUUACCGGAUAUACUUCGUUUUACAAAGUGUGCAACGACAGAAAUGUCAAGUUAGACAAACAAAUUUACCCGCAUCUAGAGGUUCCCAAAUGGAUGGUAGCUCAAAAAUGGCCUAAACAAGCCUCAGCUUAUUUUAAUGAACUAAAAAGGAAAAAAAAUACGUUCUUUUUAUCAAUAUCGAAGAACCUUCAGUUAAGUUUAGGAUUCUAUCAACGGGUUGGCGGAGUUCAGUGACGCUUGUGGAAAACGUGUAACUGGUCCACAGUCAACUGAUAUUUAGCCAUGUUUUCAGCUUAUUUCUGUGUUCUUUUAUUGGAGAUCUGUUCCAUUACACCCUGGCGAGUCACUUCAAAAGGUCAGUCUUCGUACAAUUCAUCGUAAACGAAGUUCCUAUUGUUUAAGGAACUUUUAGUUGUCAUUCUGUGCCGAACUGAAGUUAUUAGAUGUUUCUCAAAUGUUACUUCAUAAAGGAGGGUAAUACGCUGUUGUGAAUCUGGAAAGCUGACGUUUUGAACAAAAGCCUUUUUUCGAAGUAAAUUUAAAAACUGUUAGCAGAUUUCUUCUUUCCUUUUUUUUUUCUUUCAUGAUAACUUGGUGUUAACAUUUUGACGUUUUCACGUACAAUUUUGGAGGACUUAAUUUAACAAACAUCAGUGAAUGAAGUGGGUUAAAAGAACAAAUACGAAAUAGAUAAAUGUCUUUCUCACGGAAACAUUUACAGCUAGCGAAUUUUUUGUUACUUACAAUAGAAUCCUUUUUUUUUUUUUACUAAAAUUGCGAGAAGGAAAUAAAUCGCGAAGACGGUAAAAAACGAAGAUACAUCUAAGUUUCAAUCGCCAAUAUUUGUUGCAUGAAUAAUGAAAGUAAGAAAGCCAACAUUUAUCUCCAGUUUGGAUCACAUAUCAUCAGGCGGUUUCUACUUGAUCAAUACCUUCGCUUGGCAAUCGCCUUUCAUCUUAAGGACGGUUUUCUCCCUCAAACUCGAAAAAUGCAGACCUCAAACACCGCGUAGACUACUAGAAUCGUAUUGGACGCCAAGCAUGUCUUAAUGCAUCAAUUUACAGCAAUAUUUUUAAGCAUUCAUCACUUCCUUCCCCUUCUAGGAAAAUUUCAUGCACUUUAAACAGUAAUUUAAGACCAGCAUAAGUGUCAGUUAUCCUUUGAAAUCCUAUAUCUUAAUUUAUCUACGUCGCUGUCUGGACUAUAAAUCCAAACUACAUGUCGCGGUUGCCAAUGUUGUUUUGGUACUUUUAAAAUGCAAGGCCAUCUAGCUCAAUAUGAUAUCAGAAGGUUAAAGACGUCUUGUUCGUCUGUAACCAUGGUGACCGUUAAAUUGGUGGUUAAAACUUCGUCAUCUUGCAAACAGCCCUCCCGUAUGCUGUAUUUAAAUUUUUCGCGGAUUUAUCGUGUUUAUGCAUGCAGUGCAAGAGAACAAAGCUAUUGACGCAAUGGUAACCGAACGCAUGCGCACAACAGAGGACGUCAUCGAUGAUAGGCUAUAAGAAUGUAGGUGCAGACAAUGAAUAUUUAAAAAUUCAUGCUUAAUGUAAUUUGACCUUUAAUCGUCAAGGUCAGAAUACGAGCGUGCAAAUUUUGCCAGCAUUCAAAAUUACAAAUAGAUCCUAAAACCAAGCUGAAAAAUUUGAUAUUCUCGUCAACAGAAAUUGACAUUUCGGACGACAACGACAUAAACUUCAGACAACGUUUGUUCGCAGUACACGAGUUUCAUUACUUGAACGUGCUUCCAGUUGGAGUACUUAUGGUGUAUGACGACUUAGACUGUACCUUCAAAUGUCUUUACCAUCCUACAUGUAUUUCUGUGAAUCUGGUCGCCGAAGGAGGACUGUGGUGUGAGCUACUGUCGUCUGAUAAGUACAGCAAUCCCAAGGAGUUCAAACAAAACAAGAGCUCGCAUCAUUAUCAAAUUGUCGUAAGGACUACUUGUACAGAAAAUGUAUCUUUUCUUUUAUGUUGCGUGGUAGAACCCUAUGAAAUCAAUGUUUUGCUUACAACAAAUAACAGUUGUCACCAUUAUCUGUUUGUUGUGGUUGUGUUAACCAGCCUAGGCAUCGUGAGUUUAAUCCUGUCCCAAUUCAUUGCUCUUUUAGUCGCCUUGUUCCAACAAUCCAUGCGACAAUGGUGGGACUUGCGUAGCCUACCACGAGGAUGAGACGUUUAAAUGCGUAUGCAAAAGUGGUUUCAUCGGAGAACAAUGUGAGAAAGGUAUUGGGAAGAUGUGGUGGGGACAGGAGGUUUAAUCUUAACAGCCAAGUGUACAAAAACUUCCAUCUCUUAACGCAGAUUUCUGUAGUAUGAAGCGAUACGGAGUAUUGUAAUACGUAGUCAUGUUCUUGGUAAGGUUCCACGCGCUUUCAUUGACAAAACAGGUUCAACAAUUUCCGAAAGGAGGCUGUACGCGGUAGCGUGAGUGGGGCAGGAAAAGCCCCUAAUCAAGGGAACCUUGUUGAUGUUUCUAAAUUAACACGAAUAAUCUUUCCUUAAGACAUAGAUGAGUGUUCUACAGGAAAUGACAACUGCAGUGCUAACUCUGAGUGCAGCAAUACCAAGGGUUCGUACAGUUGUACUUGUAAACCGGGAUAUUCUGGAGAUGGACGAACUUGUAAAGGUAAAUUAACUAUCGUUGUAUAAGACAACUGAAUGAGUGUUUGUUGUUGCUCCGCGACCCGCUGAUAUUGUAAGGUUAGGAAAAAUUCCAUGCUGAUCAUUCCUGGAAAUUCAGGGUUUAAUCGUGUAUAGAUAUGUAAGUCCUUGUUCUCGGAGGAUACUCUCGAUACUCGAAGCUAGCAGUUCAAUGUAACUGAACGUCUUUGUUUGAAAUUGUAGAUUUCGACGAAUGUUCAACUGCAGAAACCCACAACUGCAACGCUGAUGCAGUAUGCAACAAUACCAUGGGAUCGUACACCUGUUCAUGCAAAACUGGAUACUUUGGAGAUGGAUGGACUUGCCAAGGUAAAUGCCCUCUCUUCGCUUGCGUCCCAGGUAAACCGAGUGAGGGUUGAAAAGCUUGGAAAUCAAAAGUUUUUCUCCUCGUCACUUACAAGGGUUUCAAGUGUUCUAACAAUAUCUCAAAUAGAUUGUUACGAUGCGAUCCUCUGCUUUUAAAGAAAAACGAUGAGUUUCUCGGUACAAUAAAACGAGAGGGUUUUAACCAAUCAGAGUUAACAUAGACUCUCAUCUAUAAGUUGAUGAUUUUGAUGAUGACUGUCAUUUUCAAUUUCGCUUGCCAGUGAGGUUUGAGAUCAGUUUUACAAUGUUAAGUUUACAAUAACUGAUUUUCUUACAGAUAUUGAUGAAUGUGCUACAGGAAAACAGAAGUGCAGUGCUGAUGCAGAGUGCAAUAAUACCAAGGGAUCGUACAACUGUACAUGUAAACCUGGAUAUUCUGGAGAUGGACGGACUUGCAAUGGUAAAUUUUCGCCGUCUUCAUGGCGUAAAAAAUGCAGUAGUCAUUUACACAGUAACUGACAUAAAAAUUGUUACCAAAUAUUAGGAAAUACACCUUAGAAACCCAAUUGGCUAUUUACAGAGUAAAACCAAGGAGUUAAACUCAGGGGACCAAAAGUAAAUCCAGCGAGUAGCAGGACAAAGGGCUUAAACAAAGGACCUCUCUUACAACUCGGUCACGCUACCACAAGAGUAGCAUACAUCCAUCCAUUUCAGUCUCCUAAAUAUUCAAUCAAUCAAAAGGCAAUCUACCAAUCAAUCACUCUAACUCUGGUUGUUGAGGCUGCUGACCCCUCAGCCUAGUGCUGCUAUAGUACAUUAAAUAGUUUAGGAUAUAUAUGUGCCAUUUGUACAUUCAGCUGUCUUCGAGAUUAGUCACAAACACAAGCACUGUCCUUAGAUUUAUUCGUAACGAUGACGCCUCCUUUCUGUCGCAGUAUCGACGUGCAAAGAAAUUUACGCCAAGAAUAUGUAAGUGAUGAUUAAACCACCACUUUAAAAAACAGUUUAAGAGAGUGUAAACUUUAGUUAAAUGAAUUUAAAGGUCUCACUAAUAGAAUGAGGAGACUUUGGGGGUGGAGCGGAAAGAAUAAAAAUGAUAACGGUAACGAUAACGAAAAUGAUAGCAAUGAUGCUGAUUUUAAGUACUGUAGUAGAGUUUCGUAAAAGGUUGAGGGAUAAAAAGUCAAGCACAGCUGGAAGUUGUCAUUAAAACACCCUUACAGAAGUUAUUCGGGAUUGAAAGGGGUAAGUUUCUGAAGAAACUGUAGUGCUGCGUCGGUGGGAGAGUAUAUCAGGGUAAUUCAGUUUUAUCAACUGAGUUGAAAACGUAAAUUGGCCACCAUAAGAGUUUAAAGGCUGACGUUCCGAGCGUUAGCCCUUCGUCGCUCGAACGUCAGCUUUUAAACUCUUUUACGGUGGUCAAUUUACGCUUUCAUGUCUAACAGAGAUUGAGGUUGUGUCAUCAACAGAUCGAACGUGAGUGGAGUGAUGACGCUGUACCUCGAUUCAAAACCGAUUUCCAUUUUCUGUCAUAUGGGAAAUUUUGGUUGUGGAGAUGGAGGAUGGACUCCAGUUAUGAAAACUGAUGGCAAUAAGGUAUAAACUAGCUUUGUUUAGCUACUGAGGUUGAAAAUGUAAUUUGAUUUAAAAGAGAUGGUCGCCCAGAGAGGCACUUUAAUUGUCAGCUACUGCCUCACCUCUCAUUCUUUACUUUCUUUGUAAUAAAAAUGUCAGAUACUUAAGCGAGCCAUGGUCAUUUGUUGUGGACAGUGAGAGAGGUUAUAUGUACCUCAUUGUUUAAUAGAACCUCUCACGAUUGACAACGAGUAAGAGCUAUGAGUAAAAGCAGGGCAGAAAUAAAUGCAUCCUUCUAGAAUAGAAAACAUGGUAUGAUGCACGAUAGAUUAGAAGGGAAAAGGACUACAAUCUAAUUUCCAAUGUCGUGCUGAUUAUCAUACGAUAAAUUGAUAGUGGUUCGCUAAUAUCUUUCCCAGAUUACUUUCCAUUACAAUUCCAGCCUUUGGAUAAGCAAGUCUGACUAUAACCUUCCAGGAGGUGCGACUGGUUUUGACAGGCAAGAGACCAAGUUACCAACUUUUUGGAACACACCCUUCGAGAAAAUAUGUCUCGGUAUGAAGAUCGAUAACCUUACUAACUUCAUUUUAGUCAAUAAGACGGCUGUCUCGCUACAUUCGCUGAUAGCUGACGGGAAAUAUCGCAACACGUCGCUGGGUCUCAAGUUGUGGAAAUCGCUAAUUGGCUCCAACGCCUCUUUGCAGACCAGCUGUGUAAGAGAAGGGUUCAAUGCUGUGUGUAGCGACAAAAAAGCGUCAAAAGCGAGGAUCGGGAUUAUUGCUGACGAUAAAGAAGACUGCAGCGACUGUGAUUCUAGAAUUGGAUUUGGUACAGGGGGAUAUCAGGAUGAUAAUCACACUUGCGGAAACGAAGCAACAUACUCCUCAGACAAUGGAAGUAGGCACAUCAAAGCCAUGGGAUAUAUCUUGGUGCAGUAACUCUCACUGCCUCCCUACCCUUUAUGCAAAAACGUCCUUGACUGUUUCGCAUGCUCAGAUAUCAGUGCACUUAAAAAAUAGCUUCAAAAUAGGAUUGAAAAGCGCUUAUAGGAAGCCUCUGUAGUAAUAAAACGAUUUGAUUAGUUUCGCCUAUUCAAUGUUUGAUCAGCGAUAUCCGUCAUAUACACAUAUAUCAAAGAGACAGCGUCAUAUACGCGUUUAUCAAAGAGACAGCUUCAAAGGGCUUCUUUGGAGAGUCCUUCAGGACUGGGAUCAACAAGAAAAUGAAGGAUGCGAUGAUACAGACU